UGAGGUUUGAUGUGCCUCUUUUAUUGGUUUGCGUCACCUCAUGUCAGUUGAAGUUAAGGUCCAAAAAUGUCGCACUUUGCACCCCAUCUGAAGCACAUCAGUUAUCUACUCUACUCUGUCUACUCAGAGGCCCACUUUCCCAGAAGAGGCCCACUCUCCCAGAAGUUUUUACAGCUUUUAACUGAGAUCUACUUGUGUUUUUAUAAUUCAGCUCAAUCUUUGAUGUGGCCUGGUUCGCUCACUCACUACAUGGUAACAGAAUAUUUUUCCUGCGUUCUGGGUUACACCGAUGACGCAGAGGUGAUGUGUUGUCGCUCCCCUGGCAGUCAAACACCGAACCAUCAGUGGAACUAAGCCUUCUUUGUACUUGCUGAUGAUGAAAGUUUGUUGGAGCAUUACAAUGACAUCUGGCAGCGACACCUUGCGUGUGUAGCAGCGAGGACGGGCUGUAGCCGUCUGCAUGUGUGGUGUAAAUCAUCUGAGAAGAAUGAAAUCUUUUAUGACAUGGGAAGCUGUGUGCUACUGGACACAGCAUCCCCUCUUUCUGCUGUUACAUAAUGAAUAUGCAUAUGGCUGGGUCUGUGUGUCCCUGUGUGUGCUGAUGUGUGCGUGCGUGUGUGGUCGUAUGUGAGCUUAGUCAGACUCCUCCAGAUCUCUGCCUCCGCAGAUUAAUAUCUGCAGUCCACAAAGGAGCCCUGUGUGCCUUGCAGGACAGACUCUCAGGACAAUGAAUCCACUGUCUGACAACACCCUCUCCCACUCAAGCUAACUGAUACCAAGCCCUUAGUCCUGAGAUUAGAGGACCCUUAGUCUUCCUGCUCUAACAGUGAUAAUUGAAUGACGGGGCCAUGCUCUGAGCGUUCUCAAAGCUGUCCCCCGAGUCAUUCAUCUUGACUGCACGACAUUAAAUCAAGCGGGCUGAUAGCUUUGGCACUUUGUUAGUGCUACUACCAACUUCAUCGAUGAUAAAAGGAGACCAUUACUUGAGUUGUCUGUCUUUGUUUAUUUAAAACAGAAAUAAGACGCCAUAGAUACAAAAAAUCUCGAGUUUGCCAGGCCAUGAUGCAAUCCCAACACCACGGCGUGUUUUGUUUGACUUUUUGUUCGCCUGAUUUAAAGCAUAAUUGAUUAUGUAAUAAAUACUGAAAGAGUCAGAAAGAGAGAGAGGGGGGGUCCUCUCAUUACAAAAGCAAUCCUGCCAUUGUAUCUACCCUGUUUUCUCAUUAGUCACACUCAUAUGCACUGAACAUUGAGAUUUCUUUCCCCUCUCUGUGCAACUGACCCCUGCCUGAACUGGAAACUGCUGUUCAUCACUGUACAGUAUGUGGCCUUCUGUUACAGUAGUGGAGGAGGGAAGAGGAGCUAUUUUAAAACCUCCUACUGUGGAGGAGGCUCACAUGUAUCCUCCCUGCAAAGCAUGUGGACAGUUUGGCCAGUACAGACGUAUUAAAUCCCUGAUAUACAGUAGAUAGACAAAUAAAGGUAGAUGCAGUAAUGAGUGCUGUAAAAGUAGACUCAAAUGUAGUGUAUGUGUCUGUUUGUAUGUGGGCCUGAACUGGAGAGACCUCGCAUGUGUGGUCAUGGCUGAAACGGGUGUGAGAGGAUGAGAGGAGGCAGGAGAAAGAGGUGGAGACAUACAGUUCAGAGAGAAUAAGAGCGGUGGAAAACACAAAAUAACUGGAGGCAGCCUGCUGGGUAAUGAAACGAGUGUUUGAACUUUCACAGGGUUGUACAUGUUUUUCAAAAUGACUCAACACUCGCACCGGUGCCAAACUGAAGGCAGAAUAAAAAGAGAUUAAAUAUACCAGCAUGUACAGUCUACUACCACUAACACAAAAGCUAUAUGUGUCUGGAUGUGAGACUUCAAGCCAAGAAGAUGUUGGCUAAGUUUUGAAAGGGGUUCUGGGAGAUGUAAGCAGAUGAAAGACUGUUUAAUCUGUUCUUCAAAAAAAAAAAAAAAAAAAUAGACAGUUUAUGAAGCUGAUGGCUCAUAUAAGUUGGCGCUUUUUAGCAAAAUAAAUUAUGUAUAGAGAUGAUUAAGCCAUAUGGCAAUUCAAAUUUGCUACUCCACAGAUGUGAGAGGAAUAAGACUGUAGAUGUGGAACAGUCAAAGCCUCUCAGGUGCCAUGUGAAAGAUUAAGAUACAGAAAGCCUGAGAAAAAAAAAAAAGAAAGCAACUAGCAAUUUCAGUGGGUGUCUGGGAAUUGCUUCUCUGCUAUACCUACUCCUUCUAUUGGGGGUUAAUUCAGUUGAAGGUUUUCUACAGAUCUCUUUACCCGAAUUAACUCAUUAACUCUAACUAUCCUAGCCGUGGCAACCCAGCCGUGUUAGGCCACAAGGUCUUGCACCUCUCUGGUAAAUCUCUGGUCCUCUGUAUUCAACAGCCUUUCUGUGCUGCUUCCCUUGGGCCCAACCCACUCACUGCCAUCUUUGGAAAUGCACGAAAGAAAGCAAAAGCAUUCUGUUUCUUCAUAGCAUAGACUUAUUCUAAUGAACUGGAAAUCUAAUAACUCCCUUUCCCUGCAGGAGAGGGGUACGGGAACUGUUACCCUCGCUCCAUCUUGAGGAAAUUGGACAAAGAUUGAGCAGGUUUCCCGGCAAGUUUACCAAAGUGUGGCCUUCGUUUAUUGAGUACAUACAGGAACCAACUCUCAGCUAAUAGAUGCUCCCUUGGUUAACUUGCUGAUUCUGUUGAAAAUGGAAAUGCACUGCUGGAUCCUGUGGUUUUUUGCUCUCUCCUCACACACACAAAAAGUAGUAUGAGAAACUGCAGUUAACAAAAGACUCAUGGGGAGUUCAUGGACACAGUUGCACAUAACCAGGCCAGUAAUCUGACAAGAAAAGGUGAAAAAAAACUUGUUUGCCCUGAGGGUAGAUUUCAUCCAGGUUGGGAAACAACAGGAUGCUGUUUGGGGUAAAGGCUAUUUUGUGCAACAAUUGGGUCGACUCUGUUGCAGGCAAGGGGCAUGCAGUCAUUAGACAGUUAUAAAAAUGACGAAUGAAAGACCAGAACAUCAGAAGGGAUGAAACAAAGCUGAAAACUCCAUAAAUACAGCUAUUAAAAAGUUUCUUUUCAAAAUGCAGUGAGGGACUUUUGGUUUGAGGGCAACACAGUGGUGUAGUGGUUAGCACUGUCGCCUUACAGCAAGAAAGUCCUGGGUUCGACUCUGGGUCAGGGCGUUCCUCUGUGGAGUUUGCAUGUUCUCCCUGUGUCUAGGUGGGUUUACUCCAGGUACUCCGGUUUCCUCCCACAUCCCCAAAACAUGCAGAAGUGGGUUUAGGUUAAUCGGCCACUUUCAAAUUUUACAUAGGUGUAAAUGUGAGCAUGGAUGGUUGUUCGUCUCUUUAUGUUAUCCCUGCGAUGAACUGUGCAGAUUUUGGUGCCCUCUCUGUCAAUCCGUAUAAUUAGCCUUAGUGUUGAUGGUAUUGUUUGCUUUUGAAAAACAAAAGGAGAAAUCCAUAUUACUUUUAGUGUGUUUCUCACUAAAUGCAUAGAGAGGUAUAGUAACUCUUUUAGUCUAAAAUAAGCUGCGUUAGAUCCUUCUCGUAGACAGAAUACACUUUCUGCAGGUGUUCUUCCAUUCAGUGCACCAUGUGAUUGUCCCGCUAGCAAAAGCACUUCACUUUAGUGAUGUCUUUACAUUUACUGACUGAUGUUUUAAUAAUCCGAAUACAUUCAAAACAUAUUUAUUAUUUAUUUUGACAGAGAGUAGAGCUGGUAUUUAAGACAGCUGAAUAGCUGAUAUAAAUUGAUAUGCCCUGGGUGUAAAAAGGUGUAAAAUUUAGCACUUUAGAGGCCCUGGUUUGGCUCAAUGGUUAAUGGAGGCUUUAGUCUUUAAAAAACCAUGGGUUCAAUGAACUCUUUGCUUUUAACUGCGUGUUAUUGUCUUUAUUACCUUUCAUUUUUAUCUACUCUAUCCACCAUUAUAUCUCUCAAUAAUGGCUUAAAAGCUAAAAGAAACACUCUUGAUAUCAGUGGAAUCUUUGUUCAUGUUUUCUUGAGGGUCUUUUUAUCCCUUUAUCGAGUGGACAGGAGAGCGGAUGGUGCCAGAAAGGGAAACGAGAGCAAAGGAUGACAUGAAGCAAAUGCCCAAGGGUAGGAACUGGACUCAGGACCAUUUCGGCUAUAGCCUGUGUAUAUGGGGCGUGCAGUGUAACCACUUAGCUUCACCAGUGCCCAAUACCAGUGUAAUUUUAUGAGUACUGGCAUUGCAAUCUUUCAAACGGUACUUAGGCUUUGGAGUGUAGCACACUUUUGGAAACACACAGCACUGUUCACCUCCUUGAUAGAUCCCUCAAAUGAUAAUAUUAAGCAAGUCUUCUCCAGCCGUAAUUGAAAAUGAUGUCUUCAGCUAAGCUCUUUAUUAAUUAAAACCAUGUAAUUUUGCUAUUGGGACCUGAAAUAUUUAAUAACUAUAAAUAAUUCUGCUUGAGUAGAAGAUUUUCACAUUUAUUCUCUGUGUUAACCUAAAAAAAAUACUUGAAACUCCUGAAAUUUUGUGCAAAUUUAAACAGUAGUGAACAGCUACUCCAGUUAAAAGGAAAACCCAAAUCUAAAAACAAGCAGCAUCAGCGCUUCAACUUGAGUGCACGACAAAUAAAACAGCACAGUAUAUUUCAGAGGGCAUUUAUAUGCAUGAGUCAUCAGCUGAGUCAUACUGUUUCUAUCUAUGAUGCUGAGGCAAAGAUGAGUUUUAGGCCACUAUGUUCCCCACACAGUGCCCUAAGCCGAGCUAACCCCUCCGCGCCCCCUCUCUCCCCUGGCUACUGUUUGAGCAGACUAAGGGUUAAAAGAGGUCCGUAGGAGAGGGGAGUCUGGGAACAUUUUUGGGGCCAGAGUCUCUGCUGUGGUAUGUUUGGAGGGAAUUGCUGCUGAAGGUUGGGUUGCAGUAGAAGUGUAAGAUUUGACCACAUUUGAGAUUCUCAUCCAGCCCGCAGAUUGAUUUGGCUUUAUUACAUUUUUGGCAGAUUCCAUCUUUUCCCUGGCCAACAGUGCAAAUCAAAAGUAAAACUGCUGUCUGAAGGUGCCAAGCACUACGCGGCUCCCUGCUGUGCACGCAAACAAGGAUCUCUUCUGCUACGUCUCUUGUUCUUUCAGGUACCAUUCACUUUACAGCCAUAAAUAAAAGCAUGUUGCAUAAGGCCCUCUUUGGUCAUCAGAGGGGUAAGGGAGGGUCAGAGAGGAGACUUGACUCACAGCAGUGCUUUUACAAAGGUUUGAAGAGGCAGACUGUGGUUUUACAUGCUGGAUUUCAAAGAUAGUGUUUCAUCCUGACAGUAUUUUAAUAAAAAGCAAAGAAUUCACUGUCUGGAACCACAUAAAUGUGACCUGAAAAUCUUUUAAAGGAAUGUUGUGUCAAGGGAGAAAGUACUUUAAUCCAAAUAAAACUUGGUAUAAGCUUUAAACUGCCUUUGGGGUGCAAAAUUUAAGAGAUAAAAUUGAUGUUCAUGGAAGAAAAAGAGACCAUUUUACUGUCUUUUUGAGUUCUUGUAAUUUGCAGUUUUAUGAUUCUUUAGGUUUGCCUGUUAAAAUCCAUGGCUCUCACUGUCAGUGCUGAUGUAAAUAAUGGAUACCACGUAAUUCUUGUAAGUAAAUAAAACAUAAUAAUUAAGGCUGUUAUAGACUAUCAGUUAGAUCAGAUUUCUAAUUUACAUGCAGGAUAUGAUAUCAAUAUUUCAAUAGAAUAGCUAUGCAUUUUUUAAGUGACUGAAUUUUCACUACAAAUUAUGCCAUAAAUAUUCACCAGGAUGCAGGGAAUCCAGUCUAAUAUGCUCAAAAUGUCCCCCCUACCCCUCUACCACUGCUAAAAAAAUCCAUAGAUUGUUUUCUGAAAUUGCUAAAAGGUCAUUUGGUCUACACAAUUAUGUCUCAACUUUCAGCUUUUUUCCGCCCCAUUGUGAUGACUUUACAUUGAUUGUUUUAUCAACACAACACAUACCCAGAGAUACCCAGAGAUUUCGAAUUCUUAAUAUCAACCACAACUGUCAAGCAAAGCAGCAGAUAAUUAAAAAAAGUCACGUCUGGAGACAGCUUGGCAUUCAAGUUAAAAAAUGACUGACAUGUCAAUUAUCAGAAUCUCAGCCAAUUACAUGUAUGUCAUUUGAACUAUUGAUUAAUUGACUGAUUAUUUCAGCUAUACCGGCAAUCCAAAUGUAGAUUUCAUUGAAGCCUUAGGAAAUCUAGAGCACUGAAAUCACUGCCUUGGUAAUGCUGCACUACUGCCUUAUGGUCAUGUUUAUAGACUGUUUUUAUUUACUCUUAUUUAGUGUAAAUAUUGUUACAGUAUUUGUAUUCGUAGAAUGUGUACUGUGUUUCACUGGAUUAAUAAGGUAUCUAUCUAUCUAUCUAUCUAUCUAUCUAUCUAUCUAUCUAUCUAUCUAUCUAUCUAUCUAUCUAUCUAUCUAUCUAUCUAUCUAUCUAUCUAUCUAUCUAUCUAUCUAUCUAUCUAUCUAUCUAUCUAUCUAUCUAUCUAUCUAUACUGGCAAUCCAAAUGUAAAUUUCACUGACGCUUUAGGAAAUCUAAAUCACUGAUUAAACUCAUUAAUAACAUAUUAAAUUGUCCCUCUAAUUGCUUGGAUGAUUAAAAUAUGAUUUGUCCUUUCUGCAUGCUUUUCCAUACGUGGUUAUUACUCAAUGAAACACAUUUUCUGUACAAUCAUAGAUAGAUAGAUAGAUAGAUAGAUAGACUUUAUUGAAACCGGGAAAUUCCCAUGUUAAAGCAGCAAUAAAAACACAAAAUAAAAUUAAUAUUAGAAGUAUGUACAACACAGUCUAAAUAUACUAAAUAUAUACAAUAAAUACAGACCAAAUAUACUAAACAUCCUAUCCUAGGGCUUAUUUAUUCUAUAUAUUUUACCUGAAAACAGACAUAUUGAUCUAAAAUGUAUGCGACCAGUACGUUAACAUUAUUCGCGUUGCUAUAAAUACAGUGGGAAAUUCCCUAUGACACUGGUUUGCCUUUGAGAAGCGCGCACUAUUUAACAGCACGUCCUUUUAUUCCGCCUGUGCGGAUUGAUCCACGUGUGUGAGAAGGCUCUGCUUGUCAGUCAGACUUUGAACAGAGCACUGGCGCUCAUCAUCUCUACUAAUCUCUGGCGCUGCCUGUCAUCAACGACGCUGCUGCUGCUGCUGCUGCUGACAGUUUUCACCGACGAGCUCAGAUUUCUUCGUAGAUUAGGAUGAACAGUUACUGAGAAAACAAGGCAGGAAAACCCGGGGGGCAACACCGUAGGGACCGAGUGGAGAUUAGACGUUAGCUUCGCCGUUUAACGGUUACUCGGGAGUUGCGAUGGUCCAGUCAAGGGAUAUUUUUCUAGCCUUGCUUCUUGUGGGCUGUACAGGUAAGAACACGUUUCAUUCAGUCCUUACUCUUUCUGCUUUUUACACUUGAAUGAGUCCUUUAUUUAUUCGCUUUAAAUUCCCUACCCCCCUGCCCUUUAUUAAUGUACAGGCAUCCCCUCUCCUCCCCCGGUCGUCCCUCUCUCUCCCUCCGCCCGCACGCGCCCUGGGUACCAGGUGUAACGUUAACGGUACUGCGACUGCUGCUAAUUAGCUUAGAGGCGUCGAGCUGGAGGGGGGAUGUGUGUUUAAAAGUAAAGACAGCUUUGCAGCUAAUGUGUCAGAGUACCAUUUUCUCUGGACACACACAUUCUUAGUGCACCAUGUAUAAGGCUGCUCCUUGCGUGACCAGACUGUGCGCUGAGUUGGCGUUAUAGUACAAUAAAUAAAACAUGAUGUUACUCUGGAGGGAGAGGAUAUUCAUCUUUAGGUGUUGAUGAAGAUGUUUGAUUUAAAAUGGUGGUAACUGUUUUUAUUUUUGGUCCUUUUUUUUGUUACUCCUCUCCUCUUGGAUGGGACGUGUCUUGUUGUUGUUGAUGGGGGAGUGAUGCUGGGCUCCCUACACACACACACACACACAGCCUCCUGGGUUUAGUCACGGUCUCCCUGUUAAAGGUACAUUGUGCAAAAUAAACACGUGGUGAUAUGAAGUGUGACCUUCUCUAAUGAGCACAAGUAAUUGCAUUAAGAAUGAUUUUUUUGACCAUGGAUGCUUUAUUAGAUAUAAAGCAUAAAACAAGCUCCUGUUGUGGGACUUUGUCGGUUGAUUUUGUGUGUCUGGCACACUGAUACACAGCAUGCACAACUUCUACUCUGAAUCAUCUCUUAUGUAAUCUGAAGCCACGAUAAAGGCUCUGAAACGAGAUCCUCUAAGUUGAUAAAAAAUGUGUCCUUAUGUAAGUCCAAAUGAGGGGGAGGUGUGUCAAAUUACAUUUGUAAUAGCCUUUACACGCCCAUUGUAUUAUUUAUUUAUUAUUAAAUUCAGUAAUUCGUCAUGUACUCAUGGUUGGAGUAGUCCUCUCAGUUCAGGCUCAGGCUCUUUUCGUGGGAUAGCCUUUUAAUCCUUUAUGUACGAUCCAAUGUGUGCAGGGGUGUUCCUCAGGCAGGAGAGGGAGUGGAGCCCUCCCUGCAUUGUAAUGAUAAUGCAAUUUCUCUCGGGUCUAAUGGAACAUUUGAUGUUGAAAUGUGAAUUUGCAAGACACUUAUGAUUCCAUUCAGUCUCCUCCUGCGCUAUAAUUUAAUUUAAGCAUAUUCUAUUAUUGUAUUUGACACAUGCACUCAUUAUUUUCUUAUGUUUGUCCUGACUGGUGCGUUUAACUAAAACAUUUGGCAGAGCUGUUUUGAGCAACUUGCAUGCAUAUUUAGAAAACCUGUUUGAUCCGUGAAGGUAUUACAGGAAAUUCUAAUUUAAUGAAGAAAAAUUGAGAAGCUUCAGCCGCUGUUGAUCCUUGAUUUUGUUAGAAAUGGAUUUCUUGCUGUACUUUGUAUUAGAGCAUCUGUAUGUAAAUGGGUUACCACUCCAAAUAGGGGCCUAUAUGGAUUCUUUGGGGCCGAUACAAAAAAUCUGAUUACCGAUUAAUCGGCAGAUUCUUUAAAUUUUUUAUUACAUUAUGAAAUAUAUAUAUAUGUACUGUAGAAACCACAGUAUACUAUAUAAUGUAGAUAUACUGUUGGCUACUGCUCUUCAUGCCAACAGGAAGACUGAAUGAUCAAACUCGGACCAGAAAAGCGUUUUCAACUAACCCCCCACCACUGAUCGGUACUUCAGUAAGAGAAGUAGCUGAUCACGAAUGUGUAUUGUUGUUUACUCUACCGUUACUGGCACGGCUAACAGUGUAGCAAGGCUAAUAGCAGGUGGCUAACUCUAACUUUAGCUUGCAUAUUACAUGGUGCAGUCGGCGUGACCAAGACCAGCACAGCGGGGAACAUGGUGAAGUGGGUUGGACUGAAACUUGUUGACUUAUUGUGUAUUUCACAAACUGGUUUAUUUACCGUUGAGGCGGACCACUCUCUCCGUGCGUCCCUGAGCUGCCUGCUUCAGAUCCGUCACUCUGCUGUGCUGUGAGGUAGUUAGUGGAUGAAGAUUGUCAUGAGGUCGCUGCGCCAUCUACAGGAUAAGUCGGGGGAUCCUUUCAAAUGGCCGAACAUUUUGGAAGUUAAACCGAAUCUUAUUCUCUGCAUUUUAUUUCUGAAAAUAUCAGCGAAAAUCAGCAAGGUUUUGGCCGAUUACCAAUUACUCUUGAAUGGGCUAAAAUUUGGUCCUAUUACUUUGUGUGACUUUUUUCAAGGGCAUCUGUAUAUUAAUGGGUUACCACUCCAAAUAGGGGACUUGUUAGGUCAUUAGUGGAACUUUUUAAUGUGAUGUGGUUGUGAGGCAGUUGAAUCUGGCCGAAUCUGACCUAAAAUGACCAGCAUUCAGAUUUUUAUCUGUCAAAAACACACAAAGAUCUUCUAGUUAUCAUCAUUUUUUUCUAUUGAGAAUUGUGAUUGAUCAUCUUCAUCGUAGGGAAUUUGCUGAUGGAAGGAUGUACCUGUCUGUAGGAAUGGGAAUUGAUACGAUUUUAUCGAUAUCGUUGCCAUUAAAGGUGCUGCUUAUCAAUUCAAUUCUUUAACGAUCCCCUUAUCAAUGCCUUUCUUUGAUUUAAAAAAAGUAGACUAUAGGUUUUCAAUGUUAACUCAAAAUUUUAUUGAGUCUUUGAUAACAAAAAAAGAUGUAGUCUAAAAAUAAUUAAACAAACUAUUUGUACAACACCUACUUGGUCGGUAUUAAGUUGAAUCAGGGUGACCAUACUCUGGAUCUCCAAAAAGAGGACAUGGCUACACGGGAUGGAGUUGUGUGCAAAAUUUUGAGGUUUUUUUUACUUGCUUCUAACUCAGUUAGUCCACGCUACACAAACUCAAAAAUUCCAUACAAGACUCGUAGUCAUCUUUUUCAGUAAAAUGAAGCCACGCUUUGGAUCGUUUCUGCCUACUAUUCCUUACCAUCCGCCAUGUUUUUUCCUCAAAGUCUCUGUUCUCCUUUGCGAAGCCCAUUUUCCAAAGUACCCGGGAGAAAGGAAUGGAUUGAACCAUUUGGAACCGGUUCUCGAUUCCCAUCCCUACUUGUUUGUCAUGUACAACAUUGUCAUUUUAAAGACUUCACAACUCGUGUGUAACAUCAGAUGAUAAAAACUUAUGUGUGGACAGGAAAAUUCAUAACAGCUGAAGUGUCUUUGGAAAAGAAAGAAAUCUGCUGCCCUACAGUUCAACAGUAAUCAGUUAAGGACAAGUAGACAAUGGAGGUUUAACUAUGAUACCUUGUAAAAAUAGAUUUAACGGAGAUUACUACAUAAUUCCUGUGUUGUUGAGUCUACAAUAGAUCAUCCCCAUUCUGUUCUUACAUAAAGUAGAUAGCCUUUCAUAAACGGAUCAUUUCCCACAUAACUCGUACCCCAUCUCUUUAGCUUAAACAUUUGUUUUGUAUUAGUGUUUUAACUCUACAUUUUUUGUGGUGGUUUUUAUGGUCUGCAUAAAAGGUAUUUUCAAUGUCAACUUUGGAGUGGGAUGUAAAUGAAAUAAAUCCUUUAAUAGAGGAUUAGCCACCUUUCUCUGCUCUCUCCUCUCUACCGGUUGCAUGCUGUUGAACCCCCUGACAUAAUUAUUAAUUGAUACACUUCAAUCUGAUAUCUGGAAUAUGAGAGAAUUUCCACACUGCCUCUGACAAAAGGGGUGAAAUAUAACCUUCAGAAAUCCAAGCAGAAAAAUGAAGCAAACCUGGGCAGAGGGGGGGAGGUGAGAGAUGAGCUCCUGCGUCCUCAUCCUUUGUUAGAGAUAUAUUGCAUGUUGCCAUAUGGCUCUGAAUAGCGAAAUGUGUCUCUCUUGUUUACUGUAGGAUUGUUUCUCUUGGUGUGUGUUACAUCAUCAGUCAGGUCAUGUGGACAGGAUGACGUAGCUUAAUGCUGCUCCACUUACAAAGCAAGAUGGAAGCAUGGCUGACCGCAGGGCAACCAACAAGAGAAGCCGCAGUCUUUUUUACAUUUGACUCAGCCUCAUGAGGAUGCUAAAACUGUGGCUGCAUGUCCAAUGCGAGGCAGCCGUUACUACUGGACAGAGAUGGAAAAUAGCGUGCAAAUUGUGUAGCCAGCGGUGUUUUUCACCAGUCAGUUUACAGAACUAAAAGCUUGAUUAAAUGCUGAAGCCUUUCCUGUUAGUUAUGGUGUGAAUGUGACCAAUUUUGUCUGGAUUUAGUAUGCAUAAAGCUUGCUGAUAGGUUGCCGAAAGAUUUAUUUUCAAUGGGUAUUGAUCUCAUUAUUUUUAUUCCAGUCUCUAAAAUGACUGACAAUAGCAAAAAACGCCACAAGCAACAUUGUCUUUUUAUGCAAUGUUAUUUUUUUUUUCUGAGGUUUCUGCACUAGCCUAUUCUGGUACCGCCUGAGGCUAUUGUUGAUUCUGACAUCAUCAUUUUCCAAGGACAGCGCCUGGUAAAUUUGUAGUUUUUAAAUGCAGCCAUGGCAUCACGAAUCAGUCCAGUGUCUUGCAAAAAAAUGCCAAAGCAGAGGAAAAGCAAAACGAAGAUUAUUCACCAAUAGACUUAAGAGUUAUACAGAGUAGUACCAGACUCCAUGAUUGACCCUGUUUUUGUUUUUGUUUUUGUUUUUGUUUCAUAAAAGCCUUUUUCGUAUAUAUUCACAGUCACUUUGUCUGUCUAGCCGUGGCGUCUUCUUGCUGACUGGGACAGUUGAGUAUAAAACACCACAUUCAGUUGUAAUCUCAAUAAACAAAAUGUUUAUUGAGAUUACAACUGAUGUUAUAUUUUGUGUAAUAUCUUUGUUUCAAUUAAUCAGGGAUUAUUUUGUAGACAGAUACCUCAACAAAUUUAAAAGGAGUAAAAACAAGGGAUAAAUUCAUUGUAACCUCGAAUAGGCCUGGAUACAGAGAGAGGCACACACGCAGAGGUCAGAGUUUAUAAUCAAAGGAUACAGUCAGGUCAUGCCAAGAGCUCAACAUACUGUAUCAGUAUCACAGGCUUGGGAAUGUUAUCAGAAAAAAGGUGGAAGAAUUCACAAAAUACGCUUCUAACUGCAGUAGAUGGUGCAUGCCCCUACUAUGUAAAGAUGUGAUCAUUAAUAAUUCUGUAAGAUAAGAGUACUGUUUAGAUGAACAAUUUCCUCGUCUUGCACAAAUCAGACUAACAAGUGAAUGAUGACACAUUUUACAGGGCUUACAUAUUGCUUGUGUCUUUUGCUGCAUUCGGUAAUUCACACCAAAUGCAGCAAGUUGCCACUCAGUGAGAAGAGUCCAUCGUCUCUCAAUCAGAAGUGUCCACAUGCUGAAGUGUCCUCGGGCAAGACACUUGACCCCACCCGCCCCCACUGGUUGUGCGCAGUGGUUUACUACACUGAAAAAGUAGAACUGAAGUGACAUUCAUUACAAGGUGAUGACUAGUAAAAACAUUUCCAAAUGAACCUGCUUUGAAUUUAGUGACUUUGAUUUGAAUGAAAGACGAUCUCUUCAUCACUGAAUUUUACUUAAUAGUGGUGUGAAAAUCUCAGCUCUUCUUAUUAUUGACCCAAUGUCAUAAAUCGUUUUGCCUGGUAUAUUGUGUGUAUUGUCAAAUCGAUAGUACUCAUUGAUUUCUUUCAAAGGUUUCUUGAAAACCAGCUGCAAAAAUCAUUUUACAUAUACACAAAAGAUGGGUGCAGUAGGUCUGAUUUCAAAGGCUAAACCAGAAAAUGUUUGGCAUUUUUUCUAAAUAUUUUUGACAGCCAGUUGAGCCUUUUGGCACCACAUACGAUGAUAACUUGGCAUGCAGGCAGCUGUAUGUGCUGCACUGGACAAACAUGCUAAAAUUAAAUCGAGAACAUGGGUGUUGGUGUGGGAAUCAGAAGUAAUCUGUAAUAAACCAAAGCAGCAACCGUGAUGAUACUGUCAAGUGCAUUUGUGCAAACUUGACUGUGAGCGUCAGGCAGCACGCCGUGAAAUUGUACUAAAAUAAGACGGGCACACACUCAUUUGGGGAAAGGUCCAUUUGGGGAAAUCUAGCCAAAGCAGGUACAAGGCUUGGCCUAGUAGUGCAUUUUUACUUUGUCUUUCUGUGAUUUUUUGUUUUGUCUUAUCAAAUAAGUGAAGCUGCCAAGAGGAGAGUUUGUGCUGACAGGCUGCUGCUAAGCUUUAGAGGCUGUUUAUUGAACCAGAGUGUGUUUCACAAUGGAACUGAUGAUGGGAAAAGAAAACUACUGGAUUUGGAAACACUUUCUGGGAAACUGUCAGCCAUGCAUGUGUUAGGUAUUGUUUCUAUUCAGACUGGUAGAUUCAACAAAUUUAUAUGUUAUCUUAACCGUGAAACAGACAGUGAAAUACCAAUUCCCUUUAAAUCAGACCGUAGUUUUAAAGCUCACAUAUCUCUCGCACAUCUAUUUUUUAAUCUCACAGAUGCCAGUGUUUUCGUGCAGUAUUAGGAACUCAAAGCAAGGGAGGGAAUGUGGUUUUCUUGCAGCUAGAGCUGCUUGGCUCUUUAGUGAUGGGGAGUGGAUCAGACAGAUCCAGGUCUGAGAGAGUUGAGAGGAGAUGCAUCGCCUAAGGACAGUUAAAAGAUGACAUUACACGUGCAUGUGACCCUGUGAAGUACUGUGGGGGAACAUAAACAUCCUCCCCUGAGUGUUUUCUCGCAGAAAAGGCACAGACUGGGGGUUUAAGAACCGUUUUUGCUGUGAUUAGUAUCUGUUGUGGUUUCCUCCUUAUGCCUUUCCUGUGAGGUUUGAACUUUAUAUGCAGGAUUAAUAUUAAUCAGGCUUAAUUUAAGAGUGUCAGACAGGUUAAACACAGCAGCGCUUAAAAAGAGGAACCAGGGAGAGAACUUUGCUGUGUAUUUUGUUGAGACUAGUACAAAAACCUGCUUAAUUGUAGUCGUACUUGGCUCCCGGUGUGAACAUGUUAAGGUCUCAGUCAGAGCUAUUAGGAAAUGAGAACAGUUUGUCCUUGUCAUUCAUCAAAUUAGAAAAGAGGCCAGUAUGGGAUCCCUGUAGACGUGUAACCCUAGAUUGUCGAACCUUAAGGCAUUGAAUGGCCUCUCUGCCCUCUGAAUCUUUAGUUCUGUGGGACAAAGGGAACCUAUAAUAGGCUGUUUCAGACUUUGUCAGCAUUAUGACACUGUCAAAAGGAGGUGAUCAUACAAUUGUUGAUAUGUCAUUAAUAUUUGUGAUUUUCACUUUACUAUUGUCUACUUAUUCUGAUUUUCUAUGACCGUUGAUGUUAGUAUAGAAGAGAGGGAUUCUUAAACAUGGUGCAUUUAUUAUUGAAUAUCAGUUGCAUCAUGAUACAGUGAUUUUUCUGACAUUCUUCUAGUGGUCAAAUCUUAGAUUGACACACUCCCUUGCUCACCCCUCCCAUCAGUGAAGCAAUGGUGGCCUUUGAGGAAAGCUUUUGUGCUGCAUGAUAAGUAUGGUCGCAAAGUUCAAAUAAUUGUUCAUUUCUAAUUCAGGGGAUUUUACAGUAAUUGAAAGACAUUCAUGAACAUCAUAUUCCUUUUACUACCUUGUCGUCCUGCUAAAUGCUGCUUAGUACGACAAACUGAACCUUAAAAUAUCUUCUCCAACAUCUCAUCAGCGUUUCCAAAGAGGUGCCAUAUUUCACCGAGGCUUGGGGGCCUCAAAAGUGGCAAUACGUUAGUUGAAACCCAAUCUACCACAUAACCAGUGCACCAUAACUCUGGCAGAAAUGAGACUACCAAAUCUCUUUUUGUGAUCAAAUUUCUACCUUAGCACGGUGAAACAGCCUGUCGCCAAUCAAAGCUUUGCUCAUGUAAAUGCUCUGUGCACUUUGCAAAAUGUACCAGUUUUUCUACCUCUGCUAUUCACUUGCAAAUAAAGACUGAUUUCUCAUUUAUUCUGGAUAUGAUGUGAACCUGUUCAAACCUGCAGGCCCCUUUUCUGCCCUUCAUAGUCUCAUUUUGGACUGAGAAAGCAAAAACAAAGAGGGGGCCCGAACUAAGUCAUCAUAGCCUUAUCUGUGGCCCCCACAACAGGAAAUCAGUUUUCUAAGCAUGACACUUCAUGCUGAAAGCAACAUUAUUUGUGAUACAUAUGAGUCUCCUCAAGUUUGCCUCAUGAAAGCUGGUUUACAACAUGUCUGAUUUCAGAAAAUGAGUCCAUGUGUCAUCUGACCAUCAUAAAGCAUAAUGCUGCUGGCUAGGAUUUUGCUCUAAACUUGCUUUAUGUGGUGUAAAGGGAAGCAGUGUGUGUGUGUGUAUCUCCUCAUGCAUGCAUGGUGCAGUCAUUAUUGAAACACUAUAGGAUGCAUUACCAUGCACAGACCGAGGAAAAUUUGGAUUGCUUCGCCUCGGGCUUUCUUUUUAUUCACUCACCAUAAUGUGUCACCAUCUCUAACAUUAUACUGCUCUCACAGGCUUAGUCAUUGCCUGGCAACUUAGAGAUACCUACUUUUCACACAAAGUCAUGACAUGAAUUAAUAGUACUCUGAAAAAAUUCAAUCAUUAUAGAACUGAAGUGACACUCAUUCAGGAAAAAAGCUGUUAUUUUUAAUCUCUAAUUAGAUCACACUAAGAAGGCGCUAUCUCCAGAGGAGCUGUAGCAGCAUUAGCUGUUUCUGAUCCAUUCAGCAGGCAGGAUCCACUUUUAAACGGUGUCAGUGAUUCCCAUAGAUAAGCUAUAGUUGGACAGCCUGCAGAAGUAUUAUUACAAUCGUUCAAGUAUAUUUUCACCUUUCUAACAUUUUAACACAGGGAAAGUUUUGUUUGAUGAAAUCCACAGCAGUACAAAGUAUAGUUACAAAUGUACAGAAUUCACCCAGGCUUUGAAUAUUAGCUGUUAACUCCCUACUCAGGCUCUUUAGUCACAGGAAAUUUUCUAACUGAUGUGCUAAGACAAUCUAAAAUAAUCACCUUUUUGUAAUUGUAUUAGCCUCAAGCUGCAGUUUUUUAAGAGUCAUGUUAUUUUCAAAUUGAAUGAAUUUUAUGGGCGUAUGUGGGGGUUUCUGGAGGACCAGCAGGUGAAUUGAAAUUGAUAUCACGGGAGUAAUAUCACGAGAGAUGGGUAUUAACCUUAUUUCAUUCUCACUCAUGCACAGUAAUCUAAAAUUAUGUAAUGUCCACAUGCAGAAAGAAACCUGCAUGGCACCAUGGAACCUCUUUUAGUUCUGUAGGAGAUUUGCCCAGCAACUCCUCUGAGCAAGUGCAGAAGUCUUGAUCAUUGCAUGUAAAGAUGGAGAAUGUUGGUCAAUUUUCUGCCUUUUCUAUAAUGUAGUUGAUCAUUACUAAUGUAAAAUAUUGAACAUGAGUGUUGGAACUGGCUGAUAAUCACCAUAAUUGGGGGGUUGUUUGUUGUUGAUGGCAGCUUGAAACCUGUACCUGUUUUAAGCAGUCCACACUGCUUGUAGUGUGUAGUUAAGAACUGUUGACCUGAUGAACUUCAUACAAUGUACAUGGAGUCGAGUGCUGCGAUUUUUCCACUUCCCAUUUUAUUUCUCCCGGAUCUGUUUUUUCCAUCUUAAUUUUCUGUACUCACGUUUUGCCACUCGAAUAGUGUCUCAUCAUGUAGUAGAUAAUCCAUAUCCAAAAUAUAGUGACUGUUGAUACAUUAUUUAAAAUUUCAGUCGUAUUUUAGUGCAGCCUGUGAUGUGAGUGAUGUCCUUCUUAACUCGCCAAUGAAAACGUUCAGAAGGAUACUGCAGUCUCUGGUGUCAGCUCUUUUGAUGACAGCUACUCACAUGUUAUUCCCAUGAGUCUUCUGCAAGACAGCCUCCAUAUGCUGCUUGAACACAGGAGGAAUGAUGGGUUUAAUGGAGGCUACUUGUACUCUGGUAAUGCUCCUCCUUGUUUACAGUGCUUCACCAAAUGUCUGCAUUCAAGGUUUUAAAUCUUCACUUUGGAAUAGCAGAUUCUUCACAUAUAGCCACAGAAUCUUCAGUGCACUCAUGUCUUGCAUCUGCCAUUGUGUUUGCAUGUGGGAAGAGAUGAGCAUUGGCUGGCAUGCUGCCUCUCUCGGUUUUUGUUUGUUUAGGUCAUUUUAUGACUUGCGGGUCCAGUCAAUCAAAUGCUGACAAGACUGACAGAAGAAGUUGUUCCUCUUGUAGAUUUUGUUCAGAUAUGGUUCUUCUCAAAUCUCAGCACAUAGUGUUGAAUUUCAUAAAUGUUCUAAAGACUUCAAUAUCUCAGAUGGCCUUUAACAACAGCUGCACAGUGAAAAGCUCACAUCUUAGGAGACCUCUUUGUCUCGUUUCAAGUAAUCCUUAAUAUUUUUAGAUAUUAAUAUCAAUCAAAACAGUUGUGAUUAUGAUUUUUGCCAUAAUUGAGCAGCCUUGCCGGUGAUCUCCUUAAAUUUGAUAUGUGUCAUUGGGAUGGAAAAAUUGUGUUGUUAUCAGUUAGAAAAGAUUACAGUGACAUUAGCUUUGUAAUGGUCAAUGACAAUUAUAUGCUGAUUAUUUCAGAAAUUUGAAUAAUCAGCAUGAAUAAUCGGCUGAUUAAUUGAUUUAUGUCAUAUUUCUAGAAAUAUUGUCUUAUUAGGCUUAAUAUAAGCCACAUGCACCUACCCUGUCCAUGAAAAUGGCUUAUUUCACAAUAUUACAUGCCAAAAUUAAGAACUCAAUUGCUUGUAAUAAGUUAGAAAAAGUCUGCCAAUGGAAUAAAUUUACUUUUCAAGUUUCCAGAAAUAAGAACUAAGUUUCUUAAAUACGAAAAUGUGUCAUUUUAAAAGCUCACAAAAGCUAAUUUUUAACUUUUCGUCAGUUUUUUUUUCUCAUUACAAUCUAAUCAGCCCUUGAAAAUCUGACUUAAAUAGACCACUACUAGAAAAAAUACAGAGAACACUUGCCAAGAUUUGAGUGUAGCAGUGUGUCAUUGUGGGGGAAACUUGAGCUUAAUGAAUGGUAAGAAAAAAAAAGAUUUUCUCAUAGAUCACACCCAUAUUUAAAAAAAUGCCAUUAUAUUCUGCAUUUUACUGUUAACUAGAGGCAAAAUGAUGCACAAAUAUCCAAGAUGAAUGUUGACUUACAUAGAGAAUAGUGCUUUGGUUGGAAUUUGUUCAAACUAUGUAUAUAACAUGGUUGAUUCUCCAGCUGAGCUGAUAGGGAUCCCAUGUCACUAAUCCACUGACAAGUACCUCAUACAACCCCACAUAAAAAAAAAAAAACUGAACUGUCUCUUUAAGGACAGACAGACAGACACUGAGGCUCCUCCACAGUUGGGUCUCUGCAACUCUCCUUGUAUCUUUUAAUAAAAAACAGCCUCAUUCAGCUGUCCAGGAAAUUUUUCAUUCAAAUUUAAUCAUAAUUUUGAUAAUAAUUUAGACAGUGCAAUCUGAGACCUUGACAUCCACUCUGACCUUUUUGUCUGGACUGCACACAGAAGCCUGUGGUGAUAGAUCCCAAUGAAUAAUGAAUGAAUAAUGGUUCGGUCAUUACACCAUCUCUUAUCAGCGUUUGCCUCUGCAGCAUUUAGAGGAAUAUUGCUAUUGUUAAUGGCCUUGUAACAGAUGGCAUUGGGACAUUAGUACUUUCUACAUGUCUUUUUUUCCUGAUCUGACAGCCUCUUUCCCUCUAACUGAGACAUAUGUUACUCCUAGCUGGAAUGCAUUUCCCUUAACACACAGUGAGUCACGACAGCCUUUUUUCUUCAAAAGAGAGGGUGGAUCACACACAGACGUUCACACUUUUUCUCCAGCAGACCCCAUCCCUUUUCUCACACCCGAGCCAAUCAGAUGUAACCACCAAAGCCCUGGUGUGAAAGCAAUUUUGAGAGCCUAUAAAAGAUAAUUUGAAGGUGUUUUCAAUGAGACCGCUGAAUCGCUAACAUUAACAGGCGAUCUCAUGGUGAGGUUAACGGAGCACUUAGCAGAAUCCCAACAGAUACACACGCCGGACAGGAGGUUCAGCUAGGAAGGGGAAGAGAUUCAGGGCCAUUUCUGAGUCAGAGGUCACAGGAGAACUGCAGUUUUCUCCUCAGUGAUAAUGUGCUGGAAGUGGAUACAUUUUGUUCUGAUCUGUAAAAGAUUUUUUGUGUUUUAUGUGUAGGAACAGCAUUAUUGAUGGGGUCAUCUCUGUCCAGACACCUUUUAUUUGAAAUUCAAUAACUCUGAAAAAUCUUAUAUUUCAACAUUCAUGACUUAUUUCUUAUUCAAAAUCUUUAGUUUCUCCUGCUGUUCGAGGAGAAACUUGACCUCUCGCCUGUCCAUGUAUUAAUCUGUUUGCUGUGUAAAUGAGUGAUGUUGUUUUCUCUAAAAAUGAAAGGCUAGCCCUCACUCAUGGACAGCCCUUCGAUUGGGUUCUGCACCAUAUGGCAAAGUCACUCACAAAAACGAGGCUGUGUUUCGACUAUGUACGAAACAGCUGCCUAAAGCCCCUUUCACUAAUGCACUGCACACCUGAACACAUCCAGACAUUACCCUGAGGGACCCUCAUGCGUAAAUUCACAUUUCCAAAUCGGUAUCUUUUGACAUGACAUUGACUCACACAAGCUAGACCCACUGUGCAGAUUCAGAGGUUAUUGUCCAGACGAUUCAGAGAGAGGGCGUGUGUGAUGUCGUUAAUAUAGCACAGUGAGAGGCUACUUUGUGCUAUUCUAGCAUCCCUCAAUUAACUCCUUUAAUUCUGCAGUUAUGUCCUAAUACAUUUUGUAAUAUCAUACAAAAACUAUCCUUAACAAUCAUGGACAAGGCUUUCUCUUUUUCCUCUUCCUCCUCCUCCUCCCUCUCCUCCCCAAACACUCUACAUCCAGGCCUAAAUCAAACAUUAUAUUUUCAGUCGGUGAGAAUGCAGUCAGCAGUCAGUUUUUCUGCGGCGUGCUUGAAACAGCUUUGCUCUGUCAAGUGUUCAACCUCAUGUGGCUGUCAACUAUUUUGCUCUUUAAUACUUGGCAAUGUGCUAUCGCAGCUGAUAACAUAUUUUGAAAAAUUCUAGUGUCACUAAAUGUGAUGCCAGAUGGGUGAAAUGUAAAGUUAAUGAAAUUAGAUUUUUGAGAAGAGUUACAGCACUGAGUCCCAUAUUCAGUCUCUAAUGAAGUAACUCCAGCCUAAAAGUAGAAACCCAUGUUCACUUUGAGAGGAGACUCUUUUAACCUUACCCUUUCAGUCCUACUUCACAUGGCAGUGUGUCCUGGUUAUAGACAAUGGUGGAGGGAUGGGCAUUUCAUCCAGUUCAGUCAUUUAUUUUCUAUUAACCUCAAGCACUGUUUGCAGUCUUAGCAUAAGUUCAGGCACCAUUGGUGCUGACAUUAAAGCUCUGACAGGGUUUGACAUUUCAUCUUUACUGUGACUGAUUCUCAUGAACAGGAUAGUAAGGCACAGUGAUGAAGACAAAUGUGAUGUCAUUUAGUCUUCGCCUAACUUGACAGUUUACUUGGCAGCUCUCACCUUUGGUAGCACGCUGACUGUUAUUUAUACCUCUUGGACUUGUUUGUGCACUCCAACAAACAUAGUUCAAGUGUUAGAAAGAAGAAAGUGGUUGGAUUGCUGUCUCCUUAAAACCGCACAAAAUACUGUGUCUGGUUGUUUGGGGUGUGAAGAAACUAGUAGACUUGUCAAGAUGUCUUCUUUUCAAGCAGCUUAUUACUGGGAAUCAGGAAGAUUACAAUUAAGACUCAGAGUUUUAAGUGGACAGACUUUCACGGAUUGAAAGGAAACCCUUAUGAACCGAUUUUUAAUAUGCCUAUUCCAUAUGUGCCAAACCCAUUUCACCUCAUUUGGCUGACUGAACAGAUGACUCUCAUAAAUUAUCUAGUGUUUUUUGCUGUGACUGCACUCAACAAAAAGAGAAAGUAACAAAACACUGUCAGGCAUGUCUUGUGUUUAUUAUUUUAUGUGUUUUACUUUUAUGUGUAUCUAAUUACUCAGAUGUCACCAAAUUCAUGUUGUGCGGCUUCCACAAGCAGUUUACUGGUCGUUGUUUCGAUGCCUAACUCACUGAAUGUGACUUCAACUCGCUAAGAAGUUUUUUUUUUAGCUAUCAAAACUUUCACAUUUAAGAAUCUAUGAGGGCCGGGAGCCAGUAUUUUUGGUACUCGUCUGUGAUUGGUUGUUACUGAAAAUACCAUUAAGCUCACGGACAAACAGCGCUCCUGUCAAUAUUUUACAUUAACGUUCUGCUUUAAUACAGGGCAAUCCAUAUAUGCCAGCUGUCAGCCUAAAAGCCAACUAGUUGUUACUAUAAUUGGUUCUAACAAAAUAGCUCCAACUUGCAACCGGCUUUACCAAGUACAUUUUAGAAGCUCCCUCAUUUGUUCUCAAGACGCAAAAUAUACCUGUCUGCCUCUGUCAGCCUUGCUUAACUGUGUGUGUGUGUGUGUGUGUGUGUGUGUGUGUGUGUGUGUGUGUGUGUGUGUGUGUGUGUGUGUGUGUGUGUGUGUGUGUGUGUGUGUGUGUAUGACUGUGGGUGUGUGUGGCUCUAAGCUUAGCUGGAGGGAGUCUUACCUGUAUAUACUCUGAAUGUAUCUGGGUAAAUUGACAAUGAUGAAUGUUAUUGCAGAAUAGUCCUUCUUAAAUUCUUGUGGCAGAAUACCAGCUUGUCAUUUGUUACAUAUCCAAGUAUAAAAUAAUGUAAUGGACAAUCUCUCUAUUUACUGAUUUAAACCAUGCUGACAGACAAUGGUGAGUCCACACUCCUAAUACGGAGGAUCAAUUAAUGCCCAUUAAACAUGCAGAGGCUUUUGAGUAAAAGUGGCAUAAUGAAGGCAAAGUUGUCAAAAAUAGUCACAUCUAUGUUAAAUAUUAUCAAAAAAUGUAAAAUUCAGAGUGCCACUUCCACAAAAGAAGUAGGCUGAUAUGUAAAUAUCCCCACAAAACUUUUUUGUUUGUGUAUGCUGUAUGUUUGGCGUCUUUGCCAUGUGGGUCUUUUUUAUCAUGUCUCUCACGCUCCUCCCUGAAGGAUCUUGUCUCAGUGUGACUCAUUGACUUCCACUGCCUGAAAGCCGUCUUGCUAUUUCAGCCAGAAGAAGCCGGAUGUGUCAUGAACCCCAUUGUGCAUCUUUUCCAUGGAUGCCAUCAUGUGCAAAGUAGAUGACAGGCCCUCUGAAGCAAAUGAAACUCUCUGACAUGACCAGUCAAAGGCCAACAAAGGGGCAGAGUUCUGUGCCCCCCUAAAAAUAUUAAAAAGAGUUUAGCCAGAAGGUGAAAGAACCUCCAACAAGAACAACUGCCUGAUAAAUGCAUUUAAUACAGUUCUUGAAGCUAUUAUUUUAUGGAUUUUAGGGAUAUAACAGUAGUUACAGUUCUGGUUAAACACAACUCACCUACAAACUAGCGGCUGCUGGAAGAGAGUAGGUGAGUUGUGUUUAGUCUCUUUGCUUAAGAAAUUAGGCAAAGCUAUAAAGAUGUUUGGUGGCUAGUGGUGUGGCUAGGACCCUAUAUGUACUGUUGAUGAAGUUAGGUGCUGUUCUGAGCAUUAUUUGUGGCUAUAGAGUGGCUUUUCGGUUAAGGUUUGUGUUUGGCUCCUCAGACCGCUGUGUAUUGCUAUCGUGCAGUCGUUACUAAAGUUGGUAUAACUAGAGAAGCAAACGGUCAGCAAUAUUCAUCUGAGGGGGGUGUCUAAUUCGGUGUUACGGUGUGUUUCACCCUUAAUUAAUUUUACGCUGGAAUAUCCCUUUAAUCUUAACUCUGUUAGGUUUUUUCACAUCAUAUUCCUCACACCUUAAUCAAAGCAUGGGAGUCUUUUAUUAAAAAACAAUAAUGCAUUUUGUAAAUCAAUACUUAAAUUCUUUAUUUCAAAAACAUUGUAAGGAGAAAACUGUGUUUGAUAUGUGAUACAGAAAGUGACUGUGCUGCCUUCUGUUGGCACACAGUGAUCAUCGACUGUAUUCUCAAUAGCAUACUGGUGACUUGUGAACCUAGUCCCAUCGGAGGUUGCUCCACAACUACCACCAUUAGUGGGGGAGAGCGGAUCUGCCUGUGAAGGGCUGGCCUCAGCCUUAUGACAGCACAUGGCUUCUUCUCUGCCUGAGUGGAUACACAGACACUCUGUUAAAGCACACUUUGACCGAACAGGGUCACAGCACUCCCUCUACGGUGGAUGUAAGCCACCUUUCCCAAACAUUAAGGGUUUGUGACAUCUGCUGUCGCGGCAUUUGUGUCACUGGGCAGGACAAGCUGCACCAUAUUGGAAAAUGGGUUUCGGAUCUAUUGAUAUCAUGGGGAGGCAAUGUGCUAGCUGCCUUAUGGUUGUAAUGUACAGCAUGCACCCUUCAAAGCUCAAUAUCUACAGGUACAUAUACUUAAAGAGUGCUUUAUUAGACAAGAAAAUAACAGUUUUAGAAUCAAUUUGUCCCUCUAAAGGGUGUUAUAGGGUCACUCAAUUAACAUAACUGCUGUUCCAUGUGAGUAUUUCAAUUUCAGUCAGGCUGCAUCUUUUCCAAAUCAUGGUUUUGUGAUGUCUGGUGCUAAAUAUGUAAAACUGUUUUCAAGCUAAUUUUCUUGUAGAGCUUAAUUAGAAAAUAAGCUUGAAGGAAUGCGGUGUUGAAAUUCUUCUGCAACACGAGACACAGUGAUUACAGGUCUCCACAUUAGAGCUGCUGUUAUUGCCUUAAGGCCUGGAUAUUUACUCGUUUACAGGAUGACACGUCUAACCACAAUGCCAGCAUACUGUGGACCAGGGCCACUGUGGUUAGUUAGAUAGUAUCUCAAAGAUCUUGUUUAAAUGGCCGGAGAAAAGCUUCUAUCUUGACUAAGUGGCAGGAGCAGAGAGACGAAUAACAAGCUGUGUUUACUUUCACUGAAUAGAUAGGCUAAGGUCUUUUUAGGUGAGCCUUUGAUUUGCUGUUGAUCUGUGUUUGUAGACUCAAAUUACUUAAGGUUCUUUGUUUGACAGGGUUUUGGAGAUGCAGUGACAUUUUUUAAGUUUCUACUUGAAGGGGUAAUUCUAUCAUGUCAAGGUCAAGCUGUUUUUUUCACAGUUUUGCUAGACUGAUCUUAAAUCGUCUGAGUUUUUUGAGUCUGGGUCCUCAAAAAAUGUGUUUCAACAAGAAGUGUGAAGUUGAAUUUCUUUAAUACCUCCAUUUCAUGUCCAUCCCUCUGUUACUUUUGUAAUGUCUCUUAGAGUUUGACCUUGUUCACAGAUUUCACUUCUUUCAUAAAAAAAAUGAAAACGUCAACCAACUGCAUUCCCCGAGAGUUCAUUCUCCUAAGGCACGCCAGUUUCGAGAUAAGACAACUUAAAUUUUGGGGAAAAAAAAGGACUAAAACUGACUUUCUGAGAUUUCUCGAAUUUCUGUCUUUUAAAUCUCCAAGGACUUUUUUUUGCUACCAACAAAUUUAUUCCAGGAGUGGAGCUCACAGGAUUUGUUACAGAACACUAAAUGAAAUGCAGCUGCUCAAACAUGCAGUGUGUGCUGUCUCUGAUCUACCUGAGGCUGUGUGAAUUUUGAGGGGGCUAAAUUUGUUAGUUGAAAGCCAACCUGUCUGGUUAUCAUCUAAAGGUCAAACCAAUGAGAUCCGUCAAUAACCAUUAACCGGUAACCAUUCAGUUAUGAAAUCAGUUUCAGCAACCAGGCUGAAAUUAAUAUUGAUAAUUCUAUUACAUGUGUAGGAGCAGACCCAACUAGAGGAAUGGCAUUACCUCACUCUAAUUCAUCUCAGCUCUGUUUUAAGUGCCAAGAUUAAUCGUGAGUUGUGGCUCACAAGGAUGUCUCGGGAGAUUGUAGCUCAGAGGAAUAGAGUAGUUAACUCUCUGGGGGCUAGCCCUGUCCCAGUGUCUAUUUUUACAGUCCAUUCUCUGAUUGGCCAACAAGGUGUGUGAGUGUGUGUGUGUGUGUGGAAGCUCUGGUUGUGUCAUAAGGUGCCUCUGUGCCAUCUGUCGUCCUCGGUGGAGCCGUUGUGAAGAAAGACCACGCCUAGUCAGUCUGUCUUUGAGAAUGCAAAACACAACCUUGGGCUUUCCUUGCUCUUUUGUACAGACAGCUAUAUCAGGCACACAAGGGAAAAACAGCAUCCAGCUCUCCAAUUAGUGCCUUUAAUAAAAACCAAAGUAUCAUCCUCUGAAAGGGUCUGCUUUUGUUGUUCUUUCAAGCAGAAAUCUGUGUGGCUAAAUCUUCCUGCUUCUUGAAUGUGCUUUGGAUUUCGAGAGAAAAGGAACACUCAGUAUAACAUGCUAACAGUAAACAUGAACAGAUUUGCUUAGCAGGUGUAGUAACAGGUUGUUCAUGAGUCAUUGCUUGUCUGGAUAAAUUUGUUGUCUCACCAGAAGUGCUAAAUGUUUGAGUCAUAACAUUUCUGUUAACAGACUUGGCUCACGGAGAAUUAGCACAAAAUAGCAAAAAUAGCAUAAUUAUCAAGGUUGAAUGGACACGAAUUAUCCAAACUAUCCCUUUGCUUAAACCGGUGCGGCUCCCCAGUCGGCUUCCACAGUCCAACAUUCUUUUAAACUCAUUCAUGUCCAUUGGUACAUGAAUAAGGCUGUGUUUGUGUGAGUCAUGGCCCAUGGACAGAGUGACACAUAUCAAGAAUCACUACCUUUUUGAAAAUGCAUAUAUGGUAGGAAUGUAACAAUACUGUCAACAUCACAAUAUCCCAAGACCAAUAGUGUCUCGAUAUCAUUGUGGACCUGUGAUGGAAUAAAGCAAUAGGUCUUUCAGGCAAUCAGGUAGGGCUGGGCGAUAAACCGAAAAUUUACCAAUAUUGAAAUUUACGACAAUAACCAAUGUCAUUUUGCCCAUAUCAAUAUAUUCAGGGUCACAAACAUAGAUAAAUAAAAGUUGGUUUUGGAUAUGUGUAGGUAGGCUAUGGUCUCAUGUCCCUUUUAAGACGCUGUCCUACGUUGGAGUCAUAACUCCACCCCAUCCAGUCCAUAACAAAGAGGGAAAGACAGGUGAAGAGAUGGAGGAUGAUCUAUAAGUUGUAGCGGCUGAAGUAGACUAAUGUGGGAGGGGGUGAGCAGCUUGCGAAGUAGUUAUCGCCCAUUUAUCGUUAUCGAGGUGAACUGCUCAAUAUAUCGUGAUAUUGAUUUGAGGCCGUACCGCCCAGCCCUACAGUCAAGGUAGUUUUGUCUCAGCUGCAGCGGAUCACAAUACAGCAAAAUCAUAACUAUAGAGAGCAUCAUCACCCAUGUGUGAGAAUCCUUCUUUCUGCUAUGCUUCCUGUCUCAAAUGUAGUACAGUGAAACUAGCACUCAACUGUGUUAGUGACAAGGAAGUUAAACACAAUUUUGAAACCGUGGAUUCUCCAGAGGCUUUUACAGUUGUUCCCAAAUGUUCAAACACAUUUUCAGAAACUUCGGCCCAGCUUCUUAGGAUUCUGAACACAAAUUGGAAACAGUUAACCGCCUUGUCAAAACUCCUCUAAUCUCUUGUUGAAUGAAACAGCCCUCAAAACCACCUUAGCCUCUAAACAAAUCCCUUCCACCAAAACAACACACAGCUCUUCUAUUCUUCAUCACAGAAAACCUGCUGUAAAAAAAAUCAAAACACUACCAUCAAAAGUGUUCUCAUAAACUCUGGCUUCAUGUAAACAAGUGUGUGAAUCACAGUUUCUUUUUUCUCACUCUGGUGAAAUAUAUAUUUUUCCCCAGAUUAGGUACAAGAAUGUAUGUUGAGAAACACUACAAAGAAAAUCAGUGCAAGAAAAAAGAUAACUAACACAUUUGCAUUAUGUGUUUGAAGAUCUGCAGGAGUGAGAUAGAGAGUGAUAUUUGAUUGAGACUGAUGGAGUUGUACUUACAGUUUAUCAGCAUUGAGUCAUGUUGAUUAACGAGCAGAUAUAUUUGCUUUUCACUAUGAGUAUGUGAAGGCAACACAGAUGAGAAUACUUUUGACUCUCUUCAGGAUGAGAAGAGUCAGUCAUCUCUGAGUUGCCUCUGCUCCUCCUACUGCUGUGGUAAACAUACUUCCUCUAGUCAAAGCAGUUUUGAUAACCACCCCCAAACUUUUUUUUUGCACGUCAUGGUUGUUAAAAACAGUGCUUAAUUGUUGGCAUUCAUAUUAGAGUUGGGACAGGAAAAGCUAGUUAGUGAACUAAAUGAGAUGACAUUUGGUUGCAUUAUGACAGGUCAUUGAAAUCAGCGUUUGGCAAAAUAAACCAAACAUCAUUAUAAUGUGUUCAAAUGUUUUGCCAGGAAAAAGAAAAGGUUUUGGCAAGUAAUAGAAAGGAUCUGGGCCAGAAUAGAUCAGAUCACAGGCUGCAGAUCUAUCAUUCAACUUAUUACACAAAGAUUUUAGCUUACGUGCCAAUAUGUUACGCACCAAUGCCUGAAAUUGUUAGCUCAUCAACACUUGUGUAUGCUGGUGAAGGCUAUGGCCUUUUUCAUCACUUACUCUGUCUCCUGGCUUUCAGACUCUUGGAAACACACACCUGACUCGUCCUUCUCCUCUACCUGCACUCCCUUUUACACCUGUGGCUGCAGCGCAUGUUGAAAAUACUGUGGUAGACGAUUAACUCCAGCAGCAUCUCCACUUCCUCCUGCUCCCAAACUUCGUUUUCACAUUGAUUUGAGCUUGUAAUGAGGUGAAAUGCUGUUUGAAGGGAGGGGCAGAGCACAUGCUCUGCUGUAAAUCAAGGGAAGGAAAGUGGGCUCCAUUCAUCGCAUGGGACAAAACAAGCGCAGCACAGCAGGCUGCACAGUAAUCGUUCAGUCUCGAUUAUCUUGUUUUCAUGAUCGUGGGGAGCCAUAAUUGUAAAAGAAAUUGAAAUCAGAUUCACACCCAGCUCUAGAUCCAGAGAGAGACAAAGGGCAAAGUUACACGGAGCCUUAAGCAAGAAGUGCAUCUCAUCUGACACAGAUGGGAGAACUUCACAAGAAACUCAAAAUUUUCUCCAAGACAUUAUUUUUUUCCCUUUUUUUUUAGAAUAUAAUGAUUGAAAUCUGAUACUGAUCCUUGUUUUUUUUUUUACAGCAUCCUGAGAUUUUGAUAUUGAUACAUCCUUAAUUUAUGGUAUGGUUAAGUUUAACUGCGUCAAAUGUGGUUCUUUUUUCUACUUGUUUUCAUUUUUUGCCUUAUCUCGAGUCACCAGAGCAGUGCUUUGAGCUGCUUUGAGUGAAUGAGUCUAGGUGGCUGAUCAAAUGUGUGUGGGGGUAAAGGCGGGGAGUCACCUUUAAUGUACUGUUUGCUGAAUUUAAGAGACAGUCUGACAGUUCAAGAGAGAGAGGAUGUGUGAUUGUUUAACCUUUUAAAAUGAACUGUAACAUGGACACUGAGCCGUUUGAGGGGAGUUGGUGUGUAGGAUAUUCACUCACAGUACGUACCAGUUAACAAUCUCGAAGCAUGGUUCUGCUCAAACUGCAGACAUGAAAGUAAAGGCUGACAGACUCUGAUGUACAGGAAGCUACAUAAAUCCAGACAGGCCAGAAUAAAAGCAAGGACUCCUAGAGUGGUAGAAAGGGUUUCACUCUGGCUAAGGCUCGCAGCAAAAAGAAAAAAAUAUAUAUUUAUAUGUGUGUUUUCCUGUUUAAACCUAGAAUCAAAAAUCAUGGCAGGCAGUUUUAGGGCCCAAGAGAACUCGAGGUUUUAGCUUAUUCAAAGUCAGGCAGUUUUGUGAAAUCCAGUCUUUUGUUUCCUGCAAACUAAUGAGGUAUUGGGUGAUUCUGAUCGGUGAGAGUUCUUCAGUUAAACUCUGAAAAGUGUAUAUCAUCUACAUGUAGCCAGUGAGAAGCAUCCCUUUAACAGCCAUAACUACUGCUGGAGUUGUUGGAGAGCUGUUGCUUCUAGAUGCAAAUCCCCUGCUGUUAUGGCUUAGGACAAUUAGCUGUGGCACGGAUUAAUGAGGGGCAUUGGGAGAUGGCCUUGGACAAUACAAACAUGCAACUACUCGGCACUCAGCCCACCCUCUCCAGGAAAGCAAAAAAAGCAUUUCUCAACUAUCAGGGGGGAAAAUCUAGCCUUUCCUUUGAAAACUUGAAUCAAAAAGAGUCCAAUAUCAGAUUUCAGAGCAUGACCCUGAACACAACCGUUUGAAGUUGCUGUUCAAGUGUUAAUAUAUACGAUGACCACACAAUUUCAAUCUGAGAUAUUUCAAAAGAUACCAGUCUUAAAAUUUGAUUUUCUCUGUGUUUGGUGGGUUUUGCACAGCUUUAGUGAGUGAAGCUACCAUGUUGUCCCAGAGUUUUCAUGCACAUUUUCUGGAUGUUCUGCUUUAAAACCCCAUCAGAAAUGCACAUUACUUAUCAGGACUCUCCCACUAUUGCCUGCUGGAUGAGGUGCUGGAUCCCCAGGCGCUGUAGUGUGGAUACCCAGGGCUCCCAAAUAGUAAGGAUGGGUAACAUAUAAAGGACAAAUCUUCCCAUGGGGGCUUAUAAAGUAUAACUAAUUUGAAAUAGGAUAAAACAAAUAAGCUUCUUAGUGAGGCAUAGACGACUCUUGUGUUACGAUCAAAGGUUUUUUUUCUGAUAUGGUUGGCAAGGGGCUGAUUUUCCAGCAGGGAGAUGCACCGCACGUACACAUUAGAAAGAUGAAUUGAACUGAAGGCAUUUGAUGAUGGCAGUUGUCUGGUUGUUAGAUAGCAAGAGAUCCUUUGCAUAAAGAUUCACACUGCAAAAAGGCAGCAACCUCCUCAGUCUGUGAGGUGAAAUUAGAAGGGUUUUCUUUUUUUUUUUUCUUCUUGCAGGAAGCUGCCCAUUAGCACAAUGAUUUGGUUGUUGUUUGGGGUUUUGGAAUUACAAUUGAUUGGAAGUAGUCAAUACUCAGCUAAGGCUGUUGUACGCUUCACUAACCCGCAAAUUAACUUUAGAUUCAACGCAUACAAAACAUGAGGAGCUUUCAGAGGCCUUUUUCAAACAGCAGUCCUAAUGAGCAGAGAAAUAUGUUGAAAUGCUCACCAUCAUUUGGCCCUCUUAAAGCUCUUGUUUUUAAUUCAUUGGUCAUGCUUAAGAAGCUGUGGAUUUCAGCACUUCCUAGGCUUCAGGUAACAGUGCUGCCGUUUCUAUUUUUUUAUGAACCAUCUAAGCCGCCUGGGCUGCUGCACCAACCUUCACAUAUUUUUAUUUUUAGAGCUGUUUCAUGUUCUGUAUCACAUCAGGAACAUAGUGAAAAAUUCAGUAUAAAGAUGAGCAGAUAGAAGCUUUGAUUUUAAACUUAGUCUCUCAGAUCUUUUCUUUGUCCUGGUGUCUCCUCUCUGCUUUUAUAAUUCUGCUUGUGAGAGUUUGUGUGUGGUUAUUUAUAAACCAGUGUUAAGCUGGUAAACCAUGCAGUCAAAUGGGAAAUGACAGUGUUGCGGUUUCUACGAGAGCCAACAUAAGAGGCUGCAAUCACAAGUGCUGUUUGAUGCACAGCCACUGUUUUGCUUUGAGUCGACUGGCUUAUGGUUAGAGAAGGUGUUUGGCGGUCAGCGGGGAUGUCAUCUGUGGACAGGAAACCACCAGCUGAGGCGUCAUCAUGUUGGCCACUGUAGUGGGUGACCCUUGUUUAUUUACUGGCAAAGACACAUUUUACUGGCAUUUGAUUCUUGGCAGGUGUUAAUUUUCAGACUCUGUUAGUAUGGGAGGCGGGACAUCGGUUUGUGAUUGACUGUUGGUGGAUGAUGUCCAAAAUGCUCAACUGUAGCCAACUGUUUCCAUGCCAGCGAGCGAGGAAAAGGAGAUAGCCAAGGCGAACAUUGCUCAACAUUUCUCUGGUCAAUAGGAAAGGUUUGGGCUUCUGGGGACUUACUUUCUCCACCUGUUAUCAGUCCCUCACACUAAUAUCUCUCCCAGCUCUAUAACCUUGACGCAGACACGCACAUGCCAGUUUUUGUCUCCAUUAGUGGUUUAAUCCAAUUACCGUAUGAUCUGCUCUAAUCUCUAAUGGGUAUGCAACGCCUUCCUCCAUUCAUACAUGACUCCAGAAGUGGCUGCGCACACGCUGUGUCAUCCUACACACCAUAAUGAGUACUCAAGUGCUGCUCUGCCUCUCCGCCCUGCCCCUGGCUCUGUCUGGCUGUAUCUGAAAUGGUGCAUUCCCUCUUAUUGAUCCUCUUCCUGCUGGAGUCACAGGCAGGCUUAUCCGGCUCUUCCCAGCUUGUCUGCUUUGUGAAUGGACACACAGAGAGAGCUGUGUGUGUGUGCCAGGGUUCGGGGUUCUGCGUAGUCCCGGGCAGCUUGUGGCUGAGUGGUCAUUGUGGCUCCCUCCCUCCUGCCCUCCCGCCUACCCCAUCCCCCAUUUUUCUUCCUUUGUUGCUACAGUAAUUAUUAGAGAUGCAUGAAAUUCUGCCCAGUUAGCACAGCAGCGGCUUAUUAUAUUCCUCCGAACCUAAGUAGCCUUCUCACUUGUAACAGGAAGGCUGUUGCUUUGUGGGUUUUUCACGGGCAUGUGUCGUGACCAGCGCUAACAGGGAAGCCACUGGAGAACCACUGUUAUGAUUAAUCUGAAAGAAGAGUGUCAUUUUGCGGCAGUCUGUGGUGAAUCAUUGUGUUUGCAGAAAUGUUACCAUUUCAGGCAUUGUUCAUGCCACACAGUCUUCCUAUUGUUGCAUGUAGUUUACAGGCAGGAUUCAAGCCAAAAUUUAAAAAAAAAAGGGGUUAGCACAGUCCCCAGAAUUCAGAUUCCAAGAAGCUUUCCAUUUCACUGAUUAUGCAUGUCUUUUUUAGACACAGUGGUGACAGACUGCUCUCUCAGUCCUCGCACAGGUUGUAGCUCCACUGGAGUCUCAAGCUGGAUCGAAAUCAAACUGGGAUUUUUUUGGCCAAAUUAUUAUUUCACAGAGAUGACAAAACAUGUUUAUCCUGGAAUUCCACAGCCUCAGCUACUGUUUGUCGUAAUUCGAGUCAUUAAUAAUCUCUUUCCUGUGAAUUUGCAGAAGCUUUCUGUCCCCUAUAUUUAAGCGUCCUUGCACGUUGCUCACAAUGUCUGUAUUUUCCUCUGGCCUUGUUUUCAGCCUUCUAAAUACUGACUCAUUACAGGAGCACACAGCAUGGCAUGGUGGGCCACAGACGCUCAGCUCCCCCACCUCUCUGGGCUUUUGUUGUGUGGUGCACAGCUGAGGCAGAUGCUGAGGGGCACUCACACUAAAUUGCCUGAAUGAGGGCGAAUUUUGUUGGCCACUGAAGUGGAGUGCACCGUAGCUCAUUGAGUCACAGCUUAUCUUCAGCAAAGAGAGGGAGAGGAAUGUAGCUCAGACAGGCAUAUAGCCGUUCGACCAGAUCCACUCCACCUCAUAUUUUGGCUUCACUUUGAGUUACUGUGGCUCUGCGGCAGUUUUCAGAUACAUAGGCCGUAUCUCUCGGAUAUAACCAAAUAAAUUUACCACAGCCUCAAAUUGUAUGUUUGUUUUUAUAUUCAUCAUAUUUUUCAGUCGUCAGUAGAAAUGCAGUCAAAGUGCCAAGUCUGGGAGAAUGAAGCAUUCAUGCGAAACUGCACCGACUGAAAAGACAUCUUCCCUCCACUGAAUUUAGUGAGUGAAUAACAUUUUGUAGUUCAACAGACUCAACCAAUACAUAUCUACCAUACCACCAUGAGUGUGAAAACAUUUUAUGGUUAAGUGGCCACUAUUGUUAAGGAAACUUAAAUUAUACUGAAAUGGUCAUGUUUUAUGUACUGAUGAGUAAUGGAUGCAUAAGUAAAAGAAUUCUCGUGUUAGCCGUAUUCUGCUUUGAAGAAAUACUAAUUUGGUGAAAUGAUGUCCAACUGAUAAAUCAGUUGUUUUGUUGGAGAGAAUAAUUAACAGUAUCUUGAUGGCAAAAAUAGCCUGAUGAUCGGUUUAAUUUCAUUUGAGACUGAAAAAGUAACUGCAAUUAAAGUUCUGUAGAUUAACUGUCCCAUCGGACAGAACCCCCUUAUUUUAACCAAAGUCCACUCAGAACAAAGCACAUUUUAUGACCUUGGAAACGUGUGGUAUUUGAACUGUGUAAAAUCAACUUUUGAUGUCGUUAACUCGAAUUAACAGCCUUUAAUUUAUGAGCCCCUUUAAUGUAUUAAGGGAUGCAUGGUAUUACCACCACCAUAUCAUUAUCAGCAGAUUUAGCUUAAGUUAAUUAUAUGUGUUCACUGAUUUGAUUAUGACUAACAAUAAUUAUUGCUGAUAAGGUGACAUUAAUUAUGCACACAUAAAAGUGUGUUAAAUAGACGGGGAUAUGGCCAUUUUGAAUGCUUGUGAAGCCUGAGGAUGAGGGUCGGGUUUUACUGUUGCAUCUGUAAUGAGGAGGAAAGCCAAACAACACUCCUUUAAUGCUACCAAUCAAUUUCAGCGUGGUGGGAUAUGCAGGCCUCCCAGCCUAAUGAUGUACUUUGGCUGUUAUUGGUAUAUGUAAUGGUAUCUGUAUCAAUAUUGGUAUCGACCAAAAUGAGUCAGACAAGAUCAGCAUGUUGGAUAUUGCCAAAAAUCCAUGUAAGACAAACAUCCUUAAAUGUUAUAGUUCUCAAUGUCAAGAUGGUCCAGAAUGUGUUUAGAAAGAUUUAAAAUAAACUUUAACGAGAAUGUUUGAUGAAUGUUUUUGAUGAUUUUAUAUUCAUAAAGAAUACUUUGUUGGCAAUUGUCUUGAAGUAAUACACAUAAAGCUACAGCACAAGGGCCAGAAAGGAUCCUUUUGGCUUAUGACAAAACGAUAAAGUUGAUACAGGCAUAAAAUAUGGCGUAUUUUAUGAUACUUCAGUAUCGCGGCCAAACACCUUUCAAACAGCCACCCUUCAACAACAGAUAGCAGUCUGAAUCAUCUCCACAGUGGCAGCUCAGCUUCUGCUGCCUCGGCCUCUUAUUCUAAUGUGUGCUGCCCUAUUAUAUAACUCAUAAAUAUGACCAUUACGUCAGUGUUGAAGUGAUAUUUUAUGUCCUUGUUUUUUAACAUGUUACUUUCCGUGGCCAUGAAACAUGAUCCUGCUAUCUGCUAACUAUUUUUUCAGAAAAAAUAUUAAUAUAGCUCUUAAUACUCUUAUUUUUAGAAUAAAUUAAUCAUUUUUCACUUGCACAAAAUGGUUUAAAUACAUUUCAAUUGCCAUAUAAACACAUUUAAAUGCUGUAGAUGAUGCCAUGGAAAAGACGAUUUGGGAUUCAGAUUAAGGUUUACACGGGUAAUUUGGACUGAAAGCCUUGAAAUAGAUAUAUUUUAGAACCAAGCAGUUUCUAUUUACAGGUGGUUCAUUUGGAGUUGGCACACACCCAUUUCUUUGAAACCUAAUGCACAGAGAUUUACUGUGAGCAUCCAGCCAUCUGUUGUGCAGUCGUGUCAUGUUUAAAAAGGAAAAGCACAAAUGAAAUGUUGUCAAAGGAACCUGGCAAAUAUAGUUGCUUUAGCUGGGGGCUAUGAUAGAGAGCCAAGCACCAGCUGAGAAAUGAAUUGUUCAAGUUUGAACUUUAGUCAUCACAUGAUGAAUAAUAUUGUUUUGUAUAUAGGGCUAAACUUAUAACUCUUUAUGCUUGUAUAACACGAGGUAACUUGUGCAGAUGUUGGAGCGUUAUGGCUCCAGUCACUGACGGCAAUCACUGUGAUCAUCAGCUGAAGUUGUGCACUUUGUUUUGACAACCUCUUCAAUGUAAAUAGUCACUCCUCAGAGGCUGCACUGCUGCAUCCAAUCAGACACCAGCGAGAGACAGAGGAAGAGAGAGAGAGAGAGUGAGAGCGUAGUGAUGUCAAAUAUGGGGAGAGGAGAGUUGGGAAACAUGUUUCCAUAGCAACUGGUAGAAGUGGGUAUAACUGUGGUUGAGAGGCAUGAGCAGCAAGCAAAUACUCACUUGUUCCUUUAAAAGUAGUGGGUCCUGAAUACAACCUCACUGAGAAUGCACCGUUCCUAUCAGACAGAAACCUUAUGGAUGUGUUUGUGCAAAAUACAAUGUUUUCUCAUCCAUUUACAGCCCAUGUCUAAUCAGAAAUAAUGUACCAAACACCUGGAUUAUACAUACACAUAUACUUCACAGUAGAUUUUUUUUAAUGUUGAGUGAUUUAUAAUGUUCGACUGCAGUUAUUUGCGCACAAGUGUUAUACAUGCUUUAAGUGAGCCUGCCCCGCUGACAAAUGCGCUUCACUGCGUUUGUUAUGAUGAACCUACACAAUAAAUUGGUCUUAGUGGGUGAGUUAUUGGCAGCCCCUCUCUGCUCCAGCGUGAGGGACACAUAGCAUCCUGCCACAGUAUAUUGUUGGAAAUUGUGAGUCAGUCUCUUGCAAUACAUUAAAAGCACAGUGGCAGCUUUACUGAUGCAGAGACACUUCAUUUCUGCAGACAUUUGAACUGUAAAAUGAUUUUCUCUCUUGCGGUUCGCACGCUAUCAGUUAAAGGCUGUUUGACUUGAAAGAGGGGCAAAUGAGUUCAUGUUGUUGUGUGUGUGAGUGCGCGCGAGUGUGUCCUGGCCUUAAUUCAUUUUGGCACACAAUAUUUCAAAGUGAGAGCUCCAAAGACAGUAAGAUAAAAGCAUGUGUUUAAAACCUACUAUGUAUUGGUAUAAAUAAAGUGCAAAGAUAUCAAAGGUCUAUCCUGCCAAUUACAAAAAAAAAGAUUAAGAAAAUUUGAACAAAUGUUCUGUAAAAGUAUUGUUUUAUCAUGGUAUCAGGAUCUAAUGCAGCUCUUGUUUACCCUUUGUUUGAAGGACAGAUUAGAUCCUUUUGUUUACUUUAGAUUACAGAUAGUUAAGGAAAGGUUUAAAACUGUGACUGCUAAUUUAGCAGGCUUUAAGUUGUGGCUGUGUGUGAGAGAGUAUUUCACGCUGACAGAAUAGAUAAUGAACAUAAUCCUGCACGGCAAGCGAAGCGUGUCACGGCCUGGGUUGAGGCUUACUAAAACAUCCAAUAGCACGGACUAUAGCACCGGAGGUGUUGUUCUAAGAUAACCACAGAGGCCAGAGGAAAGCUCGGCUAAAACUCUCAUCUAUAUGGUGCCCUUGCUCUCCACAUCUUAUCAGUUGCUUUCGACACAACCGCGGAAAAGUCAGCGUAUACCUUUGGGGGAAUACAAACUCAAGAUAUAACUGAAGCGGGGUUGGGGCUGCAUUAGGCUAUUUAAGGAUCUCCAACUGCAACUGCUGAUUACCAGAGCCCUGGGACAUACAUGUUCAUCACUUUCAUUGAGGAAAUAGUCCUCUUUCAUCACCAUCACUACACAGACCUUAACCGCCAUGCAUGUGCAAGAGAAUUCAGUGAUAUUUAGUGGUACAGUGCCCCUGUAGAAACCAUAAUGAUGAUCCUUAAAUACUAGAGUCAUUUGAGUUUGGAAGGUGCAUCAGUUCUGGUUCUGAGCUGCAGUUAAAAGCACAUGUCAUAAAAUAUUUAUCUUUUUGCCACAGCGCACUGUUAUCUUCAUUUAGUGGCAGAAAAAUCUAUGUUAAAACAGAGGAUAAGCUGUUAUUAAUUAAUAGUAUUUUUACUCUAUGCUGGUGUAAAUUUAAUGAGAUUUCUCUAAGACUGCAAACAGCAAAGGUUUAUUGAUGACCUACAGAGACAUCAUUUAUUAACACCACAAGCUGUCUCCUAUCGUCACUAUCAGCCUGCUUCCAAAUAUGACAUUGCCCACAGCUACAGAUAAUACUACGUCACAGAUGAACUGCUAAUGUCAGAGCCACAGUUCCUGUGCUGCAUUCAUAUCCACCUUGUGCUUUCCUGUCUGUAGACCCACAGUUAGAUUUAUUGCCAGUGUUUUCCUGGUAUUUCUCUCGGUAUGGCAAUAAAAUUGAGGUAGACCAUCCUGCUCCGCUCGUAUUUCAUCUGUCAAGCCGAACACAUGGCGCGACUGUAAAUAAGACUUAAUUUGCUGCUCAGAUUUAGGGACAGGCUAGCAUUCUCUAUCCGUUUCUUGGCAGCAAAAGUCAGGGUUUCAAACAUACUCUUUUGAUAUGCCUCAAAGCAGAGGUUAUUAAAUAUAAUUGUCCUUUCUGGUUUCUAUAUAUUUAUCCCCAUAAGCCUUGUGGAAAAAGUUAUUGAUGUGAAAUCUGCUCUGGAGUCACAUAGGUUAAGACAUAAUUCCUGUUUUUAAUGUUCGUGGUCAGUUUGCUGAUGGAAAAUAUGUUUUAGCUGUCGUAUGGAGACCUGGUUUCAUUCCAUACAUUGCAGCUUGCCAAUUGAGGCUAAUUUUGCCUGAGGUUGGAUAUAUUUUUUUACUCAAUGCUGCAGUCUUAUGAAGCACAUAGAGAGGAAAUGCACAAGUCUUGACAAGUUGCUUGAUAUAACAGAAUCAGGUUCCCCUUAUCUUCCUGAUUCUUGAUUUAUAAUUUAAGAUUCAACUUUGUAUUAAAUGUUAAAACAGGUACUAUUUAAAAUCAACCUGUUUCUACUUGUUGUAUGCAUUUUUUUAAAGAACCGGUGGGUGCAAGAAAUAAUAAUAGAUUUCAGCAAUUGGGUAAUAUUAAUAAAGACACUCGGGCAGAAUGAUCUAAUUCUUGCUCAACAGGUAGUGACGCCUCCUUAAUACUGACUAAUGGGAAACCAUUCGCUCAUUUAGAUUAAGAGUCUGCAGCCAUGCUUGCAGCUGUAGGUUAUACUUUUCUGCUCUAGUGUAAAUGUGUUGAAUGUAAAGGAAACAUGAGCCUUCUUAUAUCAUUCCCACAAGGGCACGCUAAUGUUUAGCAGCUUUGUGCCAGAUUGAGCUCACCAUCUUUGCUUAGUUUGUGUAAAUGUGUUUAUCAGCACUUCCAACAAUCUAAGACUUCGAUUAAUGGGAAUAAAAUCAAUUCUGCAUGCUCUUGACCCAGUUACAAGAAUGGAUAAUGAAAGCACCAGCAAAGUUUUGGAGUUAAAGUAGUAUAUUUCAUUGUCAUUGCUUGGAACCACCAAAAUCUGAAAUAUUAAAAAUCUAUUAAAAAAAUUUGAGCUACAGGCAAAAAUGCACAACUUGCAUUAAAAGCAACAUCUUAUGAAUGAAUAAAGCCAAAAAAUACUGUAUUGAGUACUCUCCACUUAAUACACAGUACUUCUCUAUGUUUCCUUAGUGCUAUCUUUCAAAGCCUAUGAUGUUGAGAUCCCCUCGCUGUCUCAGUCUUACUCGGGUUUAAAACGGAUUUGUCACCAGGGAUUCACAUGCAGAUUAAAUUUCUAGGACAUUUAGUUGCUUCUUGCAAUUUGGCCACCGCCUGCUUUUCGAGAGUUUCUGCCCUUUUAAUGGAACUUGAGCUUCAGGAGCUGGUUAGCCUUUUUAAUGUAUAAAAAGUGAGCUGUUGUUGGCUGCAGAGCAAUUACUCUGUCUUGUGUGUGACUGUUUAGAAUGAGGAUCCUUGAUCCUGCCUUCGAUCUGCAAGGGACUAAUUAGUGUUUGUGCUGCAGACCAGAAACAGCAAACUCCUGGACUGCAUAGGUGUGUGGGUUUUUUGUAUGUUAAUAUUUCACACAAUAAAGAGAAAGGCACUUGUGAGAGAGAAGUAGAAGUAGAAGAUGAGGCUCAGGUGACAGAAAUUCCCCGAAGGGAAUCUCUGUCACUUUAAACAGCAGCUUUCUUGGAAGAACUGUUUUGAAUUGUUCAAUUUAAUCUAGAAAAAAGUUUUGUUUUGAAGAAUUCUGACAGCUUUAACAAUCUUGUUUAUUGACUCUUUGAUAUGAAUUUAAUGCACACAGUGGAUCUGUAAAGUUUUUGAUGUCUUAAGAGCACUCCUUUGUGCUUUUAUGUCAGGUUUUAAUCAGUUAUUCAUUUAUAAUUUCUCACUUCCAUUUUUAGUUCCUCUCAUGUGGAACAUACUGGUGCAUGUUUAUGGUAACAGCCAGUCAAAACUACAGCGUACUUGUCUACAGUAGUGUUAGAUGAUACUGAGAGGUUUUGUAAUGUUUAGUCUGGCCUCCUAGAUACAAAGGGGUUGGUGAACAGUUAUCAUUGCAGGAGUGCUUUAGACUGUCUUCUUCAGUUUGGUGCACCUAAUAAACAGCUGUGUGUUUGCAGCAUAUUCAACAUAAAAUUUGCCUAAUAUUGCUUCUAACUUACCUCUCAGACUUAAAGCUGGGGUAAGCAUUAGAUAUAUUCCUGAUGGAUUUUACGAGGUUAGCAUUUUUAUAAAAUUACAGGGGCUACAGUAAAUCCUGAUCCACCCAGUCAUGUUUCAUUGGUGUCUGGAUGUGUGUGUGGAUCAUCGCAGCAAAAAUGUCAAAGGGAAUAAGUGUCUUAAUAAAAUGAGCUUACACUUUAACGCUCCAGGACCACAUAAAAUGCACCGGAGAACCAAGCUAUUUUCGUUUUGUGCUACUAUGUACUGACUCAUCAUUUGCCCUGUGUUUGCCCCCCCCCCCCCCCCGUCUCUUAUUGCCACUCCACCUAUGUGUCCCACUGGGACUAAAAAUGUAAAAUACUGACACAGGGUCUGUUUAAGGACUUAUCUAAUGGGGAUUAUUUCGUCGACCUUAUUUUAACCCCUCUACUGGGAGUCUCCUUCUAUUGCAUACAUCUCUCAGUUUCUGUGUUUCUGUUAUCGCUUUCUAUUUUGGUUUCAGUCAUCUCUAUAUGCCUUGACAUUUUUAGAGGAUUUUUCCUGGUUGGUUUGGAUAGUCCUGGCUAAAGACUCUGUCAGACAUUGAAUGUGAUAAUGGGCUGUACAAAUACGCUUCGCUUUUUGAAUAAUCAUCAUCAUCGUGCCUCUUCUGCAAAUGAGCUGCCUGUUUGUUAGACUAAAUGACUACCAACCCUAGUUAUUUCCUCAGUCCAAUUAAAACCAAAUCCUUACCCAUAAAAUUAGCAUGACAUCAUUCCAGUCUGUAGUUUGUCUGAAAAUAAAAUGACAAGAGCUCUGAUGUCUGGUUUUUAUAUUCUUUCACUCUGUACAUCAAACCCUGCAGAAAAAAAAAUUAACAAAUUUUAAAAAAGUGUCUAACAGCUGAAUGACUUUCAUAUAAUGCAAUUGGCGAUAGGACAUUUUGGUCUAUAUCACUAUUAGCUGACUAUGAUGAGGAUACUGUGGCAGCAGAGGCAGCACAAAUUACAGUGAUCAUCAUUCACAUGAUUUCAACCUCACACUGCCGAUCUGAUAGUCUGUGAGAUCAUUUUCCUCAUUCUUACUUUAUUUUAUUAUUUGGAAAACAUUUGGGGCUUUUCAAAUCAGAGCUAACUAGACUUAUUUUUCAAGGACUUAGACAUUUAUUGGAUAAAAGGAUGAAGGGACUGAAGUGACUAAUUUCCAAGUAGUUAAACAGAAACUAAUUAAGCAAGCAACAGAUUAACCAACUGGUUUCAAGGUAAAAGGAAAGCUCAGAAAAUAAUCAAAACAGAACAAAGUCAUACAACACAGCUAAACACAAGAUCACAGAGUUACUUAGCACAUAGCUAGCACCACCAGUACAUGGUAUUCUUGCAGGUCAUGCUUGUGCAAGAUACACAUUGCUCCUAUCAAGUGGUUACAUGUCACUUUAAUUACCUGGUCUUUGUUUUAUACUAAGAAUACAUGUGAGGCUUGAUUCAACCGCAGGAGUCGUAAUACAUACCUGACAUGCAGCCCCUGACAGCUGUGGGUAACAUACAGCAGUAAUUAUUCACCCACAGAAACGAUAAUAUGGCCAGCAAUCUUUAGUUUGGCAAGUUUAGGUGAUGACGGUCAAACGUUGAGUUGACCAAAUGUGCUAAAUGUGGUGUUGAAAAUGAAGCAGAUGACGAAAAAAAAGUACUGCAGUUCUUUGAGGAAGACUCCAUCAGCCGUGCAGCAGAGCAGGAUAUUUUGCAGCCCAGGGCAAAUAAUGAUGAAGUGUCUACAUCAAAUAUCAUAUUCAGCAGGAUGAAUUUGUUUAUAUACUCAUGUUUUGCUUACAGUGGGGUUAGGAAUUAUGCUUGAUUGGGCAUAAAAGAGCACGCCUGAUUCGACUAACAGGGUGGGCUUCUUUAAUCAUAAAUUACACAAAUGUAAAAGACAGAAUAUUCAAAUAUUGUGUUGUUUUUUUAAUUGUCAUGUGAAGAAAUGUCACUUCUAAGGCAACAAAUGUGAUUAAAUAUAUCAGUUCAGAUUAGAUUCACCUCAUGUUAGACAGCCCAAAAAUCUGUCUUCCUGCUCUCUUUUGGCCUAUCUUCACUUUCCUUAUGUCCCUUCACAACGCCAUGUGCCCACUCUUGUCUAGACCUCCAGGGUGUUUGCGUGUGUGGGAAAGAAAAUGAGAGAGAGAGAGUGCGUGUGCAUGUGUGUCCGUGUGUGUGUGUGUGUGUGCAUUUGUUUGCACACCGACGGUAGUAUACACAUGCACGUGAUCUUGCUCAUGCAUAACAUAGAAUUGGAUUUGGAGCCUUUUUAGUCACACUUCUUAGUCAACCACAGGAACCCUUGACUGUCCCCUUGGGAGACUCUGGAGGAAACAAGUGAAGCUUUGUUCUAAUUAAGCACUGAAACGUUUAAGGCUAUACCUCCAUCUGUGUAGAAUAACAAAAACGAUGUCCUUUUCUGCCUGUCUUUGAUGGAGCGCAAUGACAGGCUCUGCAUUUAUCUUUCUGUGCAGACAGAACAAUCUCAUAAGUUUUGAAGCAAACUUAAAAUACAGUUCCUCUCGGGUACAUUGGCAGUCUAGCUCUGGUCCUUUCCAACUGCUGAAUGUUAAUGUGAAUAAUUGCAGUGCUGACUGGAUGUUAUUUCUUUUGAAAGUGCAGGAAGACUGCAGGCAAAAGAGGAAAGAAAAUGUCAAGUAUUUUUGGCUGCCAGAGCAGACACUUGCAUUGUCCAAGUGAAGACGUGCAGGUUUAUUAGUUUUAACAGAUUUCAUAAACACACUGUCCUUUUAGUGUUUACAUAUGUGCAAAGAUUUAGAUGACACCUCCUACCAGAACAAUAAGGAAAACUGGGCCUUAUUUACAAAAUGACAAGCUGUUAUUGUUAUCAUUUUGACCACUGUGGUACAUAUGUGUUCAAGUUUCUCAUGGCUUUCAGUCUAAAUUAAGGUGACCAGACGUCUCUGAUUUCCAGGGACAGUCACUGUAUUUGAUGACCUGUCCCUGGAAAUAUCCCCGAUUUAAGCGUUUAAUGAAUGAGAACAAAAAUGUUGCGUGUAGACUAGAACAACAGUUACUAUGGUGGCCGAGUAGGUAGGAAGCACAAGUAAGUUUUUACGGAGGGCUAUUACGGGGGCGUGCGCUGCUACUUAGUAGUACCAAGAUGUUGUCUGUGAUCACGCAGCCCAUGCUCACUCCGGAUGUCCCCGGAUUUCAUUACAGAAAUCUGUCCACCUUAGUCUAGGUAUAAUAUCAGUCUUUGAAUGCUGAAACUGUUGUAAACAUACCUGCAUUUUAGGCAGUGCUACAUUGAGUAUUUGUUCAUGUUACUCAUUUUUCAUUGUAUGUUUUUUUCUCUGUGUCCUAGUUUCCCUGGAGGUGCAGAUCACACCAACUCAGGGGGAAAUUAGUCUUGGAGAGUCUAAAUUCUUCAUGUGUGAAGGUGAGUUUUCCAAACUGUUCUGACUGUGCCAAUAUUUUACUGAAUUUUACCUCUCAUUUUAUAUUCCUUAUAUCAAAAAUGAGAGUCUAGUUUAGUCACAAUAAAAGGAAAAAAAACAUCAAAUUUUGACAAAGUGGAUCUUCUGAAGAAAAAUAUCCAGUUGUGUUUUUGCGCUGUAAGUGCUCCUUAAGGAGAUACUAUUGUGGAUAACUGGUUUCCAGAUCAAGUGUAAAUGAAAAAAUGAUGCUAACUACUACUUUAGGUACUUCAUUUGCCAAUAUUUCCCACUGAGACAUCUUCUAAAUCAAACUCAGCAUCAGUCUGUUUUAGGACUCCAUCAGUAUAUUUUAGAUAAACCUACAGUCUGACUCUCACUUAUAAAGUGGUCCUCAUGUUUAUUAUAGGCAAGACCAGUGAAGGUGUUUCAGCAACAGGCCAUCAGAACAGCUUAAGUACUACUUCAUAAAAGCAGGUAGAAGUCACACACCAGUUGAAAUCAGGACAACGAGAAAUCCCUUAACAAGAUCCAUCGGUAAAUGAACUGCCGAGAGGCAUCUUCUUAAUGAGGAUGUGACCACAAUAGUCUCAAACAAGAAGUGAGUUUCUAAAGCAAUAUACAGAUAACCUGGAUGCUGUAGACCAGCUAUUCUCACCGCUGCUACGCACUUAAUUCAAGUGACAGACAAUGGCUGUUGAAGAAUCUCAAUGACCUCUGUUUCCCUCUUCAUUCAUUCAAAACAAAAGAGAGAACAUAAUUAGUUGAUGAGUGCUGAGUUUUUGUGUCAUUUUCCUUGAGCCUCGUUGGCGGUGAAUAUUUACAUUAAAGAAAACUUGUUUGUAACAUACUUUGUUUUACUGUGCUCUCAGUUAUAGGUACUCCUAGACAAAUAGAGUGGUUUGGACCUAACGGGGAGAGGAUAGACCCAAACCGACCAGACGUUACAGUAACACGUAACGAUGAGUCAUCUUCCACCCUCACAUUGUAUAAAGCUGGCACUGAAAACGCAGGGACGUAUAAGUGCGUCGCUACCAGUGGAGACCAGCAAGCGGAGUCAACAGUCAAAGUGAAAAUCUUCCGUAAGUAUUUUCCUCACCCAAAACACUCCACAUUAUUGAGCGCUAUGAGCACAGAAGGAAAAAAUCCUGUUUAUUGAACUCACACUAUUUUAUUGACUGCUCAAGGGCAACACAUUACUCUUUUUCUUUUCAAGUGAGGAUGGAUUUUUCAUCAGUUCAAUAAACGGUCGGAAGACCAUUAGAGGGCUGCUUAAUGAUCCUGUCUGUUGUGCAGUUCUUGUGAGUAAUGGCUUUUAUUUUCCAUGAACGCCAAGCAUCAGCAAAUGUCCAUCAGACAUGAAAUCCUUUUCCAAACAGAACUUUCCUGUUAAUUCAGCGCCUGUUUUAGGUUUCUAUCGGAGGUGGUCAUUCAUGUAAAUAUAGCACAUUAAAACCACUGAACAGUGUCAAUCACAAAACAGAGUGCAGCUUGAUUUGUUACUUUGAGGUUUCUGAAGAUAAGCAUUUGACUUGGGGCAAUAUUUAUUAACAGCAUUAAAAAGGUUUGGGUUUUUGCCACUUUGACCGAAGUUAGACACAGGAGAGCUCUCUUUGAGAUUGUGUGUCAGAAUGGAGGUAUAAAAUGCAAUCCGAAGAAAAUAGCAGCUGUAACUUUACAGACCAUCCUAUCCAGAGCUGUACCUGAUGAUACUUUCUGAUGAGCUUCUCUUUCGAGUGUUUACUCUGACCAGCAUCCCUCUUCAUGCCGUAUUGUUCUCUAAUUCAUAAAGUGCAGCUCUUCUGUUAGUUACAUAUUAAUAAUCUGAGCUGACCAAGACAGUCACGGACCAAUGUGCUUGCUGUAAGUCGUCACAUGUGAUGCUGCUCACCCAAUCAUAUCUUUUACUGGGGUUAGCAUAGCAAGCAGUUCAGAGACACACACAUGCAGAAGCUGGUUGAAGAAGGUAACUCUGAGAAGUGAGUCAUGAAAUAGUGGACUCCAAAAAUGAGAGAGGUCCACAGCUACAACAUGGGUUAGUAUUAUGAACAAACAGAUGGAUUCCAACACUGGUACGUGUCUUUUAUAAUAGGACAAAUAUUAAAAGCGCCCAACCAGUCCAGCAGUUGUUCUGAGUUAAAACACAGAUUUUUUAAACAGUCCUCUCAACACAAAUCCAGACUGAGAACACGGAAAAUGUACAAAUAUGCUUCUUCAAGAGGGCUCUGUUUUGUAUUUUAUUUUAAAAACAUUAUAACAUUAAUCCACAUUACUGUCAUUAUUACUGAGAGCAGAUUAAGUAUUGAUGAACUUCUCUUAAACUUUUUGUCAGAUUAAAUACUCAGUUAUUGACAGUCCACAUAUAUUGAUCUAACUGCUUAAAAAUAAAUGGCAUUAAAUCAUGGAAAUUCAGACAUUAGGAAGUACAGGGCCUUAGCUUGAAGACUAUUUCUUUCCCUGAACCUCUUAAAAUUUUAAUAAGUUACCCUUGCACUACAAAAAAUAAUGAAUGAAUGUUCAAAUCCUUAGCAGUGAAUACUAACCUAUUCCCUCUCAUCACUCAAGGUGAAUUAUUUGAAAACAGGUCAAACUCAUGCUGAAAUGCAAAUUGGUUCACUGUGUUUUUUCCAUUUUACUCCAGAAAAAAUCACCUUCACAAACGCGCCUUCACCCCAAGAGUUUACAGAAGGUGACAAUGCCAACAUUGUUUGUGACGUCAUCAGUUCGCCUCCACCAACAGUCCUCUGGAAGUACAAAGGAGCGAAAAUACAGAUGGAAAAAGACGGUAGGAGUUCUCUGAACAGCAUGAGGAUAAGACUCAUAUCUCGCUUGAUUUAAUUUUAAGCUCCUGUCAUCUGUUUUAAUUCUGCAGAUUUUUAAUAUUCAUGAGUUGUUGUGACAAAACUUGACUAUAUGCAUAUGAAUUGUUUUAAACGUGUUUGAUAUUCAGCUUGCAUGGUCUAGUUUGCAGAGCAGUUGGUACAAAAUCCAUUUUUAGUCCAUCACAUGAAGAAGAAUCGAAUAAUCAAAAAGCUGUCAUCGCUAAAUCUUUUGUUCUUUUUGUGUUCCUCUCAAAAUUGAAAGUUGUGGUUUGAGUAUAGAAAUCACCAGUCAUACAUUUUGAUGACUGUGCAUUUGAAAUGUAAAUUGGCCUUGAAAUGACCAAGAUUUACAGCCAAGGAAAAGCAUUGUGUUGAUCGAGGUCCAGAUUUGAUGAUCGACCCUCAUAACAAAAGCAACACAGUUCAUCCUUUUUUUAGCUUUAUUGUUACUGCAUUGGGCAUUUACCUCAACAAUAUGUGACAUAAAACACAGAGCACAAACUGAAUUGGACAUCCAGGUCGACCAGAGGCUUGGAAGUGUUCAUGCUCAGUUUAUGUUGCCACCCUCCUCCAGGGUUUAUCCUGAGCUUUGAAAGGAAAAAAUUAAUUUGCUUUUGAAUUUGAAAAUACAAUUGAAUCUCUGCUCUUCACCCCCUGACUCUGAGCAAUAUCAUAUUGUGUAUGGUUGUGCUGGUAUUGCUCGCUGAGAAAAUAAUAACGCAGGCUCAUGUGUGGGUAGUAAUAGUCUUUUAAAUUACUACAUGAUUAAAUUCAUUCUGUUCACAUUUCAUCUCAAACUGGGGGAGUUCUUGUGGGCUUUGACCAUAUUUCUCCUUUUCGAGAGCAGGUGGAAUGAGUGUUGGGGAGUGUUCGCGGAUAUGAAUUUGAUGGAGUAGAAACGCAUCUAAUAUUCAUCCAAAAAAGAGAUGUUACUUUAGUUGUUUUUUUAUGUAAACGUGUCCCUCUGGAAAACACAAUAUUGCGUAUUCCCUUGACUAAUGGAGCCUGAAAAAACUGCAUAAAUUCAACAUUAGGUUUGUGUAUCAGAUCAAAGAUAACAUUGACUAAAUCAAACCCUUAAAUUUAAAUGUUGUAAGUUGUCGGCCAGGUAUAUCAAAGUGAACAGUUGCAAUGGUUUACAAAUUUGGGUAAUAGUUUUCUGUAUACAGAGAGUUUCAUUCCUAUUGGUAUGCAUUUGUCUCAGUACCAACACAGCAGCUGUUUACUUUAAGUGCCUGACUUCUGCUUCAUUUAAGCUUGUAGAAUACAUAUCACACCUGACAGUAUGUUUAUCAUCUGCUUCCUUUUAGUUCGCUUCAAAGUACUGAGCAACAAUCACCUUCAGAUCCGCGGCAUAAAGAAGACAGAUGAGGGCUCGUAUACCUGUGAGGGUCGCCUCAUGGCUCGCGGCGAGAUUGAUCUGCGGGUCAUCAAGGUCGUUGUGAAUGGUUAGCAGCCCCCUCUCCCUCCUACUGUUUCCUUUUCUUUUUUUGUUCCUGAGUGCAUGUUUUUGUGUGGCAGGUGUCCCACGAUGCCUUAAUAAGCUGUAGAUCCUGAGAGGGGACCAGGCUCAGCACUAGAGUGGAAACAGUUGCCCAGAGCAACCGUGUAUCAAAGAUGUUCCAUGCUAAUGAAGUCUGUUUUCUGCAACUUCUGAGCCUGGAAAAUGAGUGUGCCUAAAAUAAGCGUUCUGAAUUUGUCACUGCUUCUGCCUGAUUCCCUCCCACUAUCUAUUUAUGCGGCUGUGUGCGGUGUCUAUCUAUGAAAUCAUUUCUCUGUUUACUAAGUUAUUUAUCUCUCAUGUGUCAGUGCUCCCUACCAUCAGAGUCUGGCAGUCAGAAGUGAAUGCCACGGCAGAGGUCGGGCAGCCUGCCAUAUUGACCUGUGCUGUUGACGGCUAUCCUGAACCCAUGGUGACUUGGACAAGGUAGAAACGGCUAGCAACUGCAGAAACAAGUGCUUUCCACAUUUUCAGCAACACCUCUCAGUUUCAAUCAGAUUGACCUUAUUGUUUUAAAAAUGUUUCUGUUUUAUUCGUCUGUAAGUUCAAGCUUCAUUGAUUAGAUUGGAUUAGAUUAGAUUCAACUUUAUUGUCAUUAAACACAGUACAAGUACAGGAACAACGAAAUGCAGUUUAGCAUCUAACCAGAAGUGCAAGGUAGUAAAGUGCAAGGUAUGUACAUAUGGGCAGUGCAGGUAUGAACUAAAUAUACUAAUAUUGAGUCAUCCUUUAGGGUUUUUUGACACGUUAUAUACUUAUUGGUAUGUGUUGUAGAGUUUAUAGGUUCACAUUAGAGCUUUGAGCUGUGAGUGCUGUUUGCAUGUUCAAUACAUACACUGAGGGUGUACUGCAGAAACUCAAAACUCGGCAGAUGUUGUUUUAUUCCUCAUAAAAAUGUCUAUUUAGAGCCAAGAUUACAAGCCGUAUUCACCUGGAAGGUCCAGCUAGACAUCUUAAUCCAAGGUAAAACACACCACAAAUAUACCUGAAUUGCUCAUAAUGAGAAACCUGCCAAUGAGGCAAGAAAACUGUAUUUUCUUGAAAUAAGAAGGCUGUCUAAAUUUAAGGAACUUUGAACUCUAACAUACAUUUUUAUCUUAACCUGUUGGUGGAUUUUUUUACUCAUUACAAGCAAUUCAGGUUUCUAUUUGGUUUGUAAAUCUUGAAAUAAGUCAUAAGUCAGCACUCAUUAGGUGAAUGUAGCUUAGAUUGAGUCUAAUGAAAAUACUUUCAUGGCACUGAGUAGAGAGAUAAAGGAUACUUUAUAUUAUUGAAAUUCUCUCUGAAAAGAGCAAACAUGUCUCUUUCAAAUUUUAUGUGUCUUUCUGAGAGACAUCAUGAUAUUUCAUCCGUAACCAGAAAUUUCAACAUGUUGCUGCCGUCAGUGGAAAAACCCACAGUCACCAAUCUUACCUCAAUCUAUCCUCUGGCUAUCAUUAAUAUCCAAACUAAGUCUUUGUAAAUUUAUGAAUUCUACCAAGUUUUUUACCAGCAGACUGAUGGAUAGUUUUUGCAAAGUUAUACUUUUCAACACUUUUGCAUUUUUCAGAUAGGACAGCUGAAGAGUGUCAAGGAACGUGGGGAGUAGAGAGUCGGGGGAGACAUGCAGCCAUGGUUCAUGGUUGGAAACUGAACCAGUGGCCACUGCAGCAAGGACUAUGGUCUCUGUAUGUGGGGCACUUAGACCACUAGACCAUCAGCGGCCAGAUGGAAAGAUUUUUCCAUCCAUGAAACCAAACUGUUCUGAAGGCAAAAUAUUGCACCUCAUUUCUAGAAGGUUCUCUACUUCACAGUCUGGCUGCAAUGUUGAUGUUAACAAUCUCAUAAAUACGUGUGAUUCCAGCAGUGCACUAAAGAAGCUUCUCAGACAUUCGAGUGUCUUAGCCGAGUUCUUUUAGAGAGAGACGUGGCUGGUCAAUUAUCUUUGUUCAGUCACAUUAAAAUAAGGUCACAUCAAGCUGCAGAGAUGGUGAAAGAGAGGCAUGCUUUCGUGUUUGAUGGUGGUUGCGUCAAAUGUUGUAAACAGCUCUAAUGGCUGCUGAAACAUAUUCACAAUAUCCGUAAAAGCUGGCAGCAACAGACUAAAGAGAAAUGGCCUUUUAGAGGUAAAAAAAAACUGUGGGCUGUAGUUGUGUUAUAAAAUAUUUAAGAAGAGAAAUGAGGAAAUAUUUCUCCUCAUGUUUAGUUUUCCCUGUUGGAGUGUUUAAAGAGAUUUUAAAUUGCCUUAUAGCUCAGAGUCAAUUUUUUCCUCUAUAAGAAAUAAGAGUUAAGCUUGGCGUUCAUUAAAGCUUAUUUUACUUCUGCGAGAUGUUGUUUGUUUCUUAACUUGAGCAAGACUGCAUAGAAGGAAGAUUUAACUUAGUGGCAGUAACAAGUAUUAAUAGCCUGCUUUGCAUUAUUGACAUUAUUAUAUAACAUUCUUUACAUUAUGUUAGAAAUGAAUAUUAUAUAAGGUUAUCAAGCUAAGUGAUGCUGCUUCUAAAGCAUAAUGUGGCUUUUUCAGGCUGGGUAUCCUAUCUGGAGCUUGUCAGAAUAAAGGGAAUGACAGUAAUUUGAAGAAUCUGUACAGACACAUGUAAGGAUCAUUACUGGCUGCAGGCACCAAUUUACUGUCUUCAAACUGGUGUGUGCCUGACACUGUAGGAUAAUAUGAAAAGUCUACCAACUGGUUUAUUCAUUGCAACAGGAAACUUUAUCACCGGGUAUCAAAGGUGCAUGUAAACAGUGAAACCUGAAGACCAAUGUGUCAUCAAUAGCCACAUUGUUCUGUGUAGCUGAAUACAGCCAUUGAUAGGCUUCGUCUUUGUUAAACUUCCUGUUCAAUCUGGUUUCCAAGACAGCAGUUAGCUGUGUGGACAGCCUAGAUUAUGGGGGUUGGUUGGGGGGGAGCACAAGUGCAGCACCCAAGGAGCUACUGUUCCUCUUUGUUUCCAGUAUUUUGAUGCUUUCUGAAUAAUGUCCUCUGUUGGUGUGGAGAGAGCACAUUUUGAACCCUCUAAAAGCUGCACUGUAACCCAAAAGAUGCGGUUUAAGAUGGUUAAAGGCCGGAGAACAUCAUACGCUUUCAGUGGCUAACCAUAGUGACACAAAAUUCAAAUUCCACUCGUGCGAAAGAAAAAUAUGUUAAACCGUUUCUAUUCACCAACAAAGACUGUCAUUCUUUCAAAAGAAAACAUUGCCCAUAUUCUCUGAAACAUUUCCAGCCUUUAACAUAGAUUAUCUCACAGCUUUUCUUCUUCACUGACUGCUUUUCUCCUUCAUCACUUGAUCUUUUUCAAUUUGUCAGCCGUAGGUGUAGAAACUGCCGCUUAUUUUUCAUAGACCUUAGCAUCACUCUUAGGAAACGGUUACUUUUCCAAAGAGAGGUUUUGUAAAAGGUGAAGGCAGAAAAUGUGUUUUAAAUUGAUUGGAUGGGGGGAUAUUAUGUCUAACACUUAUGCCUCCCCACAGGAACGAAGCAGUCCUCGAAGCGGGAGAGAAGUACAGCUUUAAUGAAGAUGGCUCCGAAAUGACAAUAAUGGAUGUGGCCAAGCUGGAUGAAGGAGAGUACACCUGCAUCGCCAAGAACAAGGCCGGGGAGAGUGAACAGGAGCUCAGUCUGAGAGUGUUUGGUAAGGGAAAGUGCUUUACACACAUACCUACAUGACCCCAAGUGACAGUAUAUAUUAUUCCAAGUGUGUGGGAAUGAGGUAUAUGGAGUAUGUGGGUGCUGGGAGAACAAUGGUUCGGUUAUGUGUCUGUUUCCUACAGGAUACAAGACUAGGUGUUGUUUCAGUGUGGGUUGUGGUUGUUUCAUGUAAGACUGAAGCUUAAGGAUUUAGAGACCGGCCAAGUGGGAUGAGCUUAGCUCAGAUCUUUGAUGUAUUUUUCUCGUUCUCCUUUUUCUGCUUUCGCCCAAAAGGUUGUUGUUCUCUUUAUUUUGUCACGUAAUGAUGUCCAUUAUUUCAGUCACAACCACAAUAUCAGUUCGUGUAGUCAAGUCAAUUAUAUUUACAAUGAGUAUGCCGGUGCAGUUCAUUUUCUGAAACAACAGAGGUGGCCAGGGUCUGUCUCUUUAGAGCUCAACGGGUAAACAAUUUCCAUUAAAUUACACAAGGCAGCUUUCAAGGCACAUUGUUUACCUCUUUGGCAAUAUUUACCUCAUUAUCGAGAAGAUUUUCUUGCACUUACAAAGCUGUGGUCUCCUAACAUCAGUGUGUGAAAAGCUGCAAUCAUGUGUGUACUUGGAAGCACUCAUUUCUGAAUGUGAAAGCUUUAUGAAUUUAAAUGCGUUCUCACCAUCAUAUUUUUCCUAAUCUCCCUGAUUUUAAAUGAAGGCUGUGAACAUUUAGAGCCUUUUUAAAAUAAGUUUGGUAAUAAAUUUAAUAUGUGUUGUCCUGGUUCAACUCACAGUAGGCCUAAAAAGGUUUUGAAUUCUUCACAUCAUUCUAUAACAGUGAAUAAUUAUGACUAAAUUUGCAAUAUUGAAGGUUUCUGUAUAAAAAGAACUGAUGAGAAUCAUGCUGUCACGGUCAGAGGGAUGGUUUUAAACAUAAACCUGCAGGAUGCCAAUGAAGCUCUCAGUGCAAAUGUGUCUAAAUGUUCCCCUUCAAACUACUAAUGAUAACAAUUCAAAUCGCUCACUGUUUUUCGACACACUCGACUCAAUAGUUCACUGAACCAGAGCAAUGUCCUUGUGUAAAGAAGUGGAUCAUUGUUUUUCUGCACAAAGAGCAUUUUCUCUUUGUCCUUUUGUAUCAAUGGAACCGAAAUGUGACUUUUGUCAGAAAGUGGAGCGUGAAUCUGAUACAAAAGCCAGCAUACAACAUUAAGUCUUUCAAUGAAAACUAAAUUUCUACAUUUUCUUAAGAUUUUAACACUAACUAACUCUCUGCAGAAAAGCUGUCAGUAGUUAGACCAUUUUAUUGCUGAAGAAAACUUACAAAAGGUCUUGAGUGUCUUUUCUCCAUGAUUUCUUCGCAGAUUCUCAUAAUAAGAAAAUGUCUCAUUAUAACACUCCUGAUAACAAGAUUCAUUAAAAGCAUUGAAAAAAAUUACGGUGUGAUAUGAAAAACAGUUUUUAUGCCUGCUCUAUAAAAUGAAGAGUUCUGUUUCACUGUGGGAGUAUGGAUUUUGACUCAGAUUUCCUUCAUGCAGUAUCUUUGCCUCACGUCUCUAUCUUCGACUAUCCCAUACCCCCCUGGGAGGAGGCUAAUUUCCUCAUGGUUAAAACGCAGCGCAGAGCAAUAAGUUAAAUUACAGAGAAGCACUGUGAAAAUUUAAUUCCUCACCUCCCCCUGUAAUGUAAACCAUGUCUGAACUGAGCUUUGGGUUAUCAUUUUUCAGGAUUUCACAGCACCCCCAUCCGAAUUGUGCGAGUCCUUUUUAUCACUCUGACAGUGGUGCCAACAUAAGCUAACAGCUUCACAUCUGUCAUUUGAUACGUGCUAAUAUAUUUGAAUUUUGAUAGAGUCUGAUUUGUGCAUUGUUAUGUGACACCCACACACCUACUUCAAACCAGUGUCUGUCUUUAAGAAACCUGUUAGUGUGAAGCUGUAGCCAUCCAAAGGUUCAGGCAGGAUCUCUUUCUCAUCACCCUGAACAAAAUAAGUUAAAGUUUUAUUUCUUCGACAGCAGCUGGGGUUAUUUAAAGGUGUUAUGUCCCAUUAAAAUACCCCUCAAAACAGCUCUGCUCACUUGAGUGACUGACAAACAUCUCCACCGCGGUGACUGCUAAUUUGUUUAUGCCGUUGAGUUGUUCUGUCGAUCACAUUUCUGUAUGCUGGAAAACUGUUUUAGAGUUUUUGACAAUGAACAGAGUGUCAGAAAAUGGACAUUACUGAUCUGUUCUAUUCUUAAGUAAUAAUCAUCCCUGAUCAGUUUGUGACACCCCUGGCUGUGAAUACAAAUAUUACCUAUCUAUAAACAUAUUAUUUAUACAUUAUAAAAGGACACUACAGAUGUUCCUUUGUUUAUUCAAUAAUUAUCAGUCGAGCUGAAAGCAUUUUAAUACAGGGUUGCAGUUGUUUUUUGUGCUUAAAUUAUCAGUUAUAUGCAUCAGGUUGAAUUCGCUCGCAUUAAGCGAACGUAUCGCUUCAUGUGUUCAUCUCUCAUGGAGGUGCAGUGAAAAACAUCAGAGCACAGAGUGUUGCUCAACCUGAGAAGUCGAGUCCCGGAGUUUGGCUCUGUUCUCUGCUUUCAAGCUUACGUAUGUGUGCUGUACUCUGACAGUUUUCUCGACUAUAAACAAAAGUGAAGACCAGCUCCUUUGAGGUAUGCUAAAUAAAUUAUUACAUGAAUAAAAUUUGGUGCCACACAAGGUUAUCACAUCCUUGCCGGAGCGGGACUGGGGAGACUUAAAUGCAGUUUAGCUGCCAUAAAAAUCCCACACACCUGUCAUACUCCUCUUCCCUUUCCCUUUGAACUCAUCCCAAAUCCACAGAGUUGCUCUUGUACGCAUUGUACUUGUUCUGUCAAAACACCUGGCUGUCAUGUUAAGUUAGUGCAGCUCUGAUGAUUUCUGUUUGUAUUUACAGUCAAACCUAAGAUCACUUACAUCGUAAACCAGACCACAUCAGAGAUGGAUGAGCAGGUAACUCUGACUUGUGAGGCAUCAGGAGAUCCAACCCCCACCAUCAACUGGAGCUUCGGUGAUCUCGUCUUCACUGAAGGAGAGCAGGUACAAUUAAAAAGGCAGUAUGGGGCAACAGGAGAAGCCAAAUAUCCAUAUCCUAGGUAAAUGAGGGCUGGUGUCCUGCAGGGUUUUUUUUCCUCAAGAAGUUUAAGAAUCAGGCCGGCAGUAAAGCAUACCGACAAUAUCUGUGUACUUGUUUCUUAUUAUACAUAAACCCCUAGGUUUGAAGUACUUUUUACACACUGGGCAUAAAAGAGAAAAGAAAGAAAAAUAUGGCACUUCCUUAUCUUUGUUGUUAGCGGUAGAAUAGUCAGAAAUUAAGACCAAACUAGUAGGAAGCAGAUUAAACUCAAUUUAAUUUGAUUUCCUCUCAAACUAAAGAAGUUGUGAUAAAAUACUGAAGAUGCAGUUUGACCUCAAUCAACCAUUCCCAUACAUUACAAUCAUAAAAAGUUCAACCCUUGUACUUUUACAUUCUUCAAGCAUACUUUAUGAUUUGAAACCGUGCACUCUCAAAUUGGGUCACAGCGACUUGUAAUCACAAGGGAGGAACACAAACCUGCAGGACGCCGGUGUGUCUCAGGUAGAGGAAUUGAAUACCUUUAACCUAAUUCUAGAGGUAUAUUGAUCAUGUGCAGGUUGGGGACUUGUGCAGUUCCACUACAAAAACCCCUGACAAGGUUUAUGUUCUGCUGAUUAUUCCCCCAAAAUUAGCAGCUCCUUCACCAUGGCCCAGUGGACCUUUUGUAAUUAGCCCAGCCAAACUCUUUCCUGUAAUGUGGAGCACGCUCAGAUUCGACUCGAGUUUUCCCAACAGUCAAGAAAAUCCACGUCAGAAACCCAAUUACAACAUUUCUAAAAUAAGCUUGCAAUUUGAGGCAAUGAUUAAACUUUGUGUGCUUCUUUCUGAGCGCUGUUUGCCAGAAUGAUCACUUGAGCGAUCAAGUGUUUGUUCAGCGUUUUCAAUCACUGUUAUCAUUAUGCCGCUCAUGCUGGUGAUUGAAAACAUUUUCUGAUAAAAUGCUGUAAUAAAAAAAUGAUUAUUGAUAAAUAUUCUGCUGCCAUCUGUGAAAUGUGUUUUUGCAUUAGCCACAUGCAAACCAUCAAACACAGAGAAUACCUGUUUGGUAUUCUCGUACAGCUUUCCCCCCACAUGGCCUAGGUCCUCAAGGUCUUGCUACAGUUGGGAGGUAAUGAGGGGGAAAAUGCUUCAAAGAGAUACUGCAGCUCUUGGAGGAAUUCUGAAGCCAGUCCAUUACAUGCACUACAUUUUCUUCCUACAGGCACACCUAAACAGGAUCUAUCAGGUAUGAAAUACGCGUGGCACAGAAAUGUACUGGAGUAGUGUUGCAAAGUAUGCCUCCAGAUUUGACAAAGAAAACCCCACCGAAAUCAAAUAAUCCCUUUUUAUUGAGGAUUUCCCCGCUCUUUCCUGAAAACCCCAAGGAAUGAUCUCAUCAGAGUUUAUGAAAUUGAUUCAACUGCUGCAUGCUUCGCAAGAAUAGCCCGGAAACUUCACUGAUCUUGUGAUAGAAAGUGUUUUGAACAUAUCAUGAGAUCAGAUGAAAAGUUGGUUAACACCAUAAUUAGAUGAAACAUCAUUUCUGUGUCGCUGUUGCCUGAUCAUUUCAAACUUUCCAUCACAGCAUGAGGUUGCUCGGAUUCAAGCCCAGCUCAGUCUGUCUGUCAUCUCCAUCGUGCUGUAGAUUGUCUAACCUUUAUGUCGGUGUCAUUUUUCAAAUAGAGGGUAAAAGUGCUCCACUUAAAAUCUAGCUUUUGAAAAUCACAGAACCACUCAACCCCUGCAGACAAAAAAAGAGCGUAAGAUGGUUUGGAACAUACUGAUCAGAGAGGUGGCGAGUGGAGAGGUGGAAUAUGCUGCAAGGAGAGCUUUAAUGGGCUUUUUUCUAACCUUGAAAAGUGGAAUCCAUCGUGAGUGACUUUAUUUCAAAUAGAUGACAGCCACUGUGCCUUUUUUUGACAAUGGAAAAUAAAGUUUUUACAGCCACCUGUCAGAGUCUGCAAGGUUGAGUGUGUGAUAUUCAAAAAAAGGGGUCUUAAGUCGAGCAUCACUCCGAGUGUAAAACAUGCUACCAUCAUAUGAUGCACACCACAAUAGGCCUAUUUUUUUACACAGUUAACCAACAGUGGCCGGGCACACAUGGAUGCAUCGUCUAAUAUCAGGAUACACAUCUAUCCUUUUAUCUCUUGUGGCUGUCCCGAGAGAAGCAGCAUUUUUUUUCUGCAAAACACACCUCCCAGCUGCUGCACCACGACUUCCUCUUCUGUCACUGACAGACUGUCUCCUUUUGUGGUCGUGUAGCUGUCAUAAUGGAUGAGCAGAGACUCAUCAGGGGGCUAGAGUUAACACUCUGCAGCUCUACAUCCCACAGUCCCACCAUUUUAUCUCAUAAAAGAUGUUGCCUGGUCAGCUGUACUCAAAGUGUGAAGAUGAACUCUGCAGGUGUACGGUGCUGAGGAAGUGGAUAAUGCACACAGGCUUAUAGUUACAUUUCAAAAACGCAGCUAAAAUGUGCAUAACCCACACACUUUUAUACACGGUGCAUUCCUGCAGACAAGCAGCGCCAUGGCAUGUCACGAAUCACAUGUCAUGUGAUGCACAGCUGUGCUGGUGGCGGUAUGUUUUACACCUUAAUGUGCAGUAUGCUUGGUGAUCUGUAGUAUCUUUUUACAGCUGUCCUCACAGAAAUGAUUAGCAGCCUUUUAAGAGGAACUGUAGUGACUAUAGAGUAGAAACAGUAGAUUUAGAUUGCUUAGAUUUCCCCUGUAGUUUCUUUCAUUCAUGCAUAGUAGAUGCAACCUUUUUCCACAGUGGGGCUCUAAUGAUCAUGUGAGGUAACAGCUGCUAAUUGUUUUAUUGUCUUGUUGUGUUUGUCCAUCUGCCUGUCAUCCUUUCUGCAAUCAUCACAACAGCUGUAUUUCAUCCAGAGUGGGUGUGACAAAUGAAGCAACAUUCGUUUGGGGUGGACACGGUGAAUUGUUAAUAAUGCAGCUGUUAAUUCACGGUUCAGUUUUGGAGCAAACUUAAUGGAUCUCAAGGGUGGGAUUUGUCAUUUACCAUAUUGGUUUGAGCGUUGUGUUGGUCAGAGAGUCAGACCUGCAGUGUGCUGUUUAAGAUGCGUGGUGGUAAUGAAUAGAUGGGAUUCAUUAGCAGCAUAUUUUAAUGUGUCGUUCAGUUCUGUGGUUUCCUACUCGGUCAGCCACUUCCAUUUCUUUUUUAAAUACUUAUGUACAACACUGGCAAGACUUUUCAACCCUAGAGUCCCUUGAAUAUAUAGUGUUUUCCCUUUCUUUCCAGUAUGUUACUUUAUCUAAUAUAUCAGUCGUGGUUUGUUUUCUUUAGACAGAAGAGAGGAGGAGUGGGGAUAAUACUGAGGGUAAUGGAGGAUUGAUAAAAGGAUCGACAUUUUACAGAUGCAUCAGGAUUUUAUUUCAACAUCUACUCCAAAUGAGCGUGAGAGGAGGUUUAGAUCUAACCAUAAAUAUGCUGCAUCCCGACCCCAUAUACAACCAGAGCUACUCUGGCUUUCAUUGCGCGUCCUCUCUUUGGCCAACAAGAUGAGAGUAUGAAUAAUAAUAUAUAAAUUGUUCUUUAGGACGGACGUGAUAGUGUUUACAAUUAGAUGAAAAAGAAAGCUGUGCAUGCACUGGUAUCUACAAUAUGUUGGCAAUGGAACAAAAAGUGUUGGAAAAUGUUGGCACUAACAAAAAUAUCGACUGUUCCUCCAGUUGUUAGAUACUGCUCGCUGAGGAACAGACACACUGAUUCUCUGUUAACAAUGAAAUCUAAAACAUUUCAUCUUUGCUGAACAGUAAGACAGUGAGUGCUAGUUCCCCAUUUGCUUUUAAGGACUACAAAAUCUUUUCAUGCUUUACUUUUGUGGUCCAGAUUCAUCACAGAGGGUGAAAAGAGGCCUCAGAAACGGAGCCAAAGAAAGCAUUUGUUUCUGUUUAGAUUCGAGUGGUUUGCUUCCAUCGUCAAAGUAGAAAGAUAGAAGAAAGCUUCAAAAAAUAUCUGUUCAGGGUUUGUUAAAGAUGCCUAGUGGAGUAUUGUUAUAUAAACAAACAAUGUGUCUGUUUGCAUUCAGUAUGACUCACCAAAACACUUCUUUUCCCCGCAGUAAAUUCUAAGUUACCGUGACCUGUACGUCAGAAAAAACAGUCUAAUAUUUGUCAGGAAUGAGCUGUAUGCCAUCUCCGUCAUCCUGUGUUUAAAAAAGUAGACCUACAGUAUUUGUCAAACAAGGCUGAAAUCUCAGAGUCUGGAAAAUAAAGGCAACAAAGCAUGGACAAAACGUUUGCAGUUCAUCGAAUGGCCACUGGAGGCAUGAACCAAAAGAGAUCGAAUUCACAUAGUAGCCCAUAUCAAACAAGGCAACUUUACAUCAGAAGUAUACCAGUUUACAGUCGAGUUCAAUCAAUUAAGAGAGUUGUUAUGCAAAUACCUGACACAUAUAGUCUGACAGACCUUCAAAGGAUGGUAUUUGUACUUAUAAGAAAGCACUGAUGUUUGUGUUCACUAUUUCUAUCUUGUGAACUUGUUCAGUCUUACAUCGAUUUAAUUUGAUCAACCUUUAAUUUGUGUUCUGAAUUGUUGUUUUCUUUCCCCUGCUGAGAAGACAGCAGGUAUUAAUGUUAGCAACAAGCAAUGAGUUUUUCAUUUGUAGUUGAACCACAGCCCACAUGCCCAGACUCAGACCGCUAUGCAAGCCGCGCUUGUUACGAACACCAUAAGCCCUCUGCAUAUUUGUCUAACAGUAAAAUAACUCUGGUCAGAGAGCACAGCAAAUAGAAACCCAUUUUGCGAGAUCACAGUCAUUAACUAUCUAAGUAGCCAGAUAAUAAAUAGAGCCAUUAGUGGUCACCUUGUUCCAAGAAAACAGGACGAAGAUAGCAAUGCAGGGCUCCAGAAUUGCAGCCCGCCUGCUUAAGUGCAUCAGUGCUAUAUUUGCAUCCACCUCCUUUGUUCAGUUUAUGCUGAGAACAUGUAUGAGUCUGUGCUAAUGUGAAACCUCAUAGGAUGCCUUUUUUUUUUUCUGUCACACAAUUUGCAACUUUUAAAUUACUUAACAGCUGAUGAUGCAGUAUAUAAAGAAACAUGCCGCGGCUUGAGUUAUUGAUUUGCCAUAUGGUGUUUUAAGAAAAAUGACAGUUUAAAGAAUAUUUGUUCAGAAAUCCAGACCUCUCUUUUUUUUUGAAAGAUUAGUCUUUCACCUUGUCUUUGAUGCCGAAGCAAAUUGCAUUUGGCUUCAUUCUGUUUAGCUCAGAUCUUGGGUUUUAAAGGUUAACAUGGGGAAAGACAAAUUCAUUCUGAAAAACCUCCUACACAAAAUCUUCAGUGUCUGCAGACAAAAGCAUCAUCUGGUGACUAGGAGUAAAGGGGUGCACAGUGUGAGGAUGAGGGAGAUUACUGCUUCGUACAAUAGAAAAGCCGAGGUACGCGUAGGUGUGUGCCUACUUAGAGUCGUGUUUGAAAAUUCAAAUUCCUACUUAUCUGGGGAUGGUUUUGUUUUUGUUUGUGCAGCUAUAAAAAAGAAGUGUUUUAUAUAUUUAUUUUCGAACUUUCAUCAACUUAACGUGCGGCAUUCAGCCGUUUCAGUCCUUUGAAUGCAUUCGCUGCGAGUCGUUUCAGAUAAGUGAGCCUGUUUAAUAACUGGAAAUGAAAAUGAAGUAUUUAUCCAUGCUUUGUACAUUAUCUACAUAAUGAAUGUUUUGCUUCUUUGAAUACAUAUUAACAAUUCUGCAUGAUGCACAGAGUUUUCAAGCUAUAAUUUUCUUAAUUUUUUUUGCUAAGGACCAAUUAAAAACUCUAAAGCACAUUUAAGUUUGCCACCUACCGUGAUAAAGCACUUAAUGCUUUAAAAACUGGAAAGCUCGGACACAAAUCUGCAUUUAAGUCCCUCUUUGUCUAAUAUGCAAGAUGCCAAAUUAGACAUAAACAGCAAAGAAAUUCAUGAUUAUUUUGUAAGUAAUUAGACGCUUAAAGAAAAUGUGUAAUUAAUGUUGUGUGGCAGCUGUUGAGUCUGGCCAUCUGAAACAGAGGAAUGCUUUUAGUGAUGCGUGCCAAUGCAGAGAGAGCAUUGUUUAGUCCCGGCACAAAGGGCUACUCAUUUAUAACAACACGCCCGCUAGCUCAGUGCUGGGGUGAUGUAAGGGUUUCUUUACUAAAAUGCGAGUCCGUUUUUUGUGAUGUCCUGGCAGCAUUUCCAGACUCAGCAGUUAAUGACACAGGACGACAACAGAACGCAUAAUCAUCGUUUUCAGUCAGGCGUUACCCAGUGAAUAAAGGCCUCUGUACAUUGAUGUGUUUAGUGUAUUUAUGUUAGUGUGUCUCCUCUCUGGCUGUGUUGCCCUCUUCGCGGUGACAUUACAAUUCAUGUCAGAACAAAGAGAGAAGAUAAUUCUCUAUGGAAGGAAUAACAAUGGAGUCGAAAAAUGAUAAGUCCCAAGAGAACCGUCCCUAUAUUGUUCCCCACGUUUCCUCGAAGGAGUGAUUGUGUUUUUGGUGUCUUCUGUUUUGCACACUCGCAUCUGCUGUUGUUCACCGAGCCUUUGUCUUAAACAAACACCUGUCAGGGACAUUUCAGCGAUGCUCGUCAGCUCACUUACUGCAGAGGCAGCGCCGCAGACGACUGUGUGGAUGAGGCGGUGAUGUUCCAGACUAUUAGGUUGCCUGUUUUAAUUGGGCUACCUUUCUUUCUCAGCACGGCAGUGAUAUGCAGCCAACUGCUGUUUGUAAUGAUGCACGGUGCACUGUGUGUGAUGCUGUGACAGUAGAGGACAUGCACAGCUCUUAAGAACAAAGUGAAUUACACCCAGGCAAGGAGCUUUGCAUAUGUUUUCUCCUUUAAGUCCCCUACCCAAGCCUCUCUGUGCCUUCCUCAUUUAGAUUAUGUCCAUGGUAAAUUGUGAGUCGGGUUUGCCGGCAAUAGAAAGAACUCAAAUCCAAACAGUCCAUAUGCUCUUACCUCAUUUUUAUGAGAGGAUAAUAGAGGGGUGAUUUGAGUGUUUGAUUCACUGGUUUGCCCCACAAUUACUUCGGCAAAUUGCUUUCAUUAACUUGACAUUUACUUGCUGAUGCACCUGAUGAAAUAGCUGUUUCUUCAUUUUGCUUUGACAUUUUUUUUCCUCAGUGUGGGCCAUUGCAUCCCAUUCUCAUGCCUAACAUGUGCUCCUCAGUAUCAUGAAAUGUUAAAGCAUGCUCACCACGAAGCUGUUUGUCUUGUAAAGUUGCGCUUUUUUUUCUGCGUCAUUGUGAUUUAACUUGACAUGGCAUGUUGUCUGGUGCUGUUCAAGGGUUUUGUUAUACAGAAGUUUGAUUUUUUCUGUCAUGAGUCAAAUUAAUUCUGUGUUCAGUUGGAUUGGAGAUCUGACCAACAAGCUUAUGAUGAUCUCUGGGUUUGCUGAUUCUGUAGGAUUUUAAUUCUGCAGAAAUGUUUAUUGAUAAAGGAUAAGAAUAUAAGGAUAAAAUAUUACAUUAAUGUUGAUCCCUGUCUCAGCUGUACUCAGGUGUGUUUGAGUCUUCUUGGUUAUAUAAUGUUGUAUUAUUUUUAUGAUUUUCCAAAAAUAUAAAUAAUGUGCAAUUAUUUGAACUGUAACUUUCUCAACAAGAAGUGAGAACAGAACUGCAAUGUUUCAAUCUGAGAAUUUAUUCACGACAUGAUUUAAAUCAUAGCUCAAGCUGUCGGAGAAUUUUUAGUACAUCCAAUCUCAAAAUGCAGAGGGAGUAUUUCUGAAGCCUGUAGAUUUACAGAGAUGUGCAGAUCAAGAAAGCUUAGAUAUAAAAACGUCCUCUGACAGGGAAAGAAGCCAUCAUAUUUUUUUUUACUUCAAGAAGUGAUCUUAGAGUUUAGAAAAACUGCACACUGCAUUUUUGGCUAUUUGUGAGUGUAACCAUAAUCAUAGAUAGCCACAGGAGACUGUUGUACGAGCAGUGUUUAUGUUCAGAGCACAACACCUGACCUUUGAAAUAAUUCAACAUAACACAAGCCACCUGUAGACCAGGAUUUAUUUCCAGGUGUCACAUCGGCUCUUGCUUCACAGACAUCUUUUUAAACCCUUUACUGCUUAUUGAUAAACACAGCAGGGAUAGUGAGAUGAGUUGAUGAAUUGGGUACUUAAUGUUAGUUUUUAAUGAGGACAACACUGCAUGGGUAUAUUCAGUUUUAUUGGGUAUUUCAAUCCCAUUGCUUUAAGCUUUGAACAGUGGACGUUGAGCCUAUAAUUGCCUUGCUCCAUUUUACAAACAGGCCGACAUAUCUCUGCUGUCGCUGUAAUGGAGUCGCCUUUCCCUGAUAAACCAAUAACCUUCUUAUCUGUAAGCAUUUACGCUUUCAUGAUGCCAGGAGACUUUCUUCUUUGGGGGUUAAAAACAGGGUUGUUCAGUUUCAGGGCUGAAAAUAAUACAGCCGAAAAAAUCCCCCCCAAAAUACACCUUUAAAAGAAAAGUCCUAUUGUCACAUAAUAGGCUCCCCCAGGAGAGAAAUUCAAAGCAAUUCAGUACCUGCAGACUAAAAGCUACAUCAUAGAUUCAGCUCAGGGACUGUGGAUGAACAGAAAAUCAACUAGACCCGUAAUACGUGCAUGCAGUGUGCAGCAUCCCAGCUUUGCCUGGAUAAGGAUUACUUUCUAAGCAUUGCUUUGCCUUUUGUUUUGUUGUUUUGUGUCUCUGUCCUCUACAGGCAUCAUGGACUCGGCCAGAGCAGCACAAGGUAUUCUAAAUGCAUGACUUUCUCCUACACCAAUCCAUCUUUCAUGUCAGGGGGGUCUAAUUCAAUUCUGGAUGGAUGCAGAUCAAAGUUCUUGAUCAAUUAAGGGUCAGGGAGAGACCAAACCCUAAAGGAAGAUGCAGAAGCUAGACCAGGCCAGUCACAGCAGAUCUGUCCGUCCAUCUCUCUCUUUAUACGUGUUUGGUUUCCAUACAAGCUCAAAGUGCUGUUUGAACUUUUACCAAGCCUGUUAGAACAAAAAUCAAUGCAAGACAUCUUCCUGCUGAAAUAUGGUUUUUGGAAUACUUUGUGUUAAUCAUUUAUAGACUCGAUUCCAUUUCUGUUGCAUGCAGAUUGUUAGUUUGUUUUCUGUCCAAGAAAAAUUGAUUUUGUCGGUAAAACUCUCCUCAGAUCUCUCUGUCCUCACUCCUACAUCUCACUGAGUCUUCUGCCAAUUCUUGACUAUAACUUUAAAAUGUGUUUAUCUCAGGAGAAAGAAGGUAUCUAUAGUUCAGAUUUGUGGACCGAAAGAUUAAUAAACAUGCUUUCCAAAUAAGAUGAAUAAAAUAUGUGUUGGUGUAUAAGCCCAGAGUAUGAGAGCCAGAGACUCUUGGUAAAAGAAAGUGAACAUUGUCAGAGUGCUGCCCACAUAAGCUUGUGUACGCCCAAUUGCAUGACUGAAAAUGUGCUUUACAUAUGUGAGAAAAUUGGUGAGAUGUAUGCCUUUGUCUCUGCUGAGUGCACUUUACAAGAGGAGAGUGCUGACAGAUUCUUCUUGGCUUUCAAUCAAACAGAAAUUUGUGCUCUCACAAAGUAUGUCCCGACGAUCAGCCCGUCAUCGUUUCAGGUGCAGGAUCAAACACUCGGGUUGCCAUUGUGAUUUUUACUGAUGUACCAUUUGACAAGAAAUGAAUACGUGUUUUUAGGCCUAUUCGGUUCCUCAAAUACCCUUGCUAUUUUAGCUCUGAAUCGCAGGGAGCUCUGCACAGCAGGUGGAUCAGUCUUUUCCUUUGACUCCACUCUGCUCUAGAUUUAAAGAUGGACAUUUUUUGCAUCCACUGUUUCAAGCAGUCACUAAAUAUUGACAUCUGGUAUGCAUUCACUUAUACCACAAUGAGAUAUUACAUUUCGUUCAAUGAAAAACAGGACCACACAAGUUUUUGUGCACAUGGAGGCGCUAACAUUUCCAAGCAGUAGUUAAAACCUGUAUUAUUUUACUCUUUUACCAAGGAAGUUGGGGUAAACUGGAUUAUUUUCAACAUUUGAAUUAGUAAUCAGCUCAACAAGACUGACCCCAAAAAGCCAAGAAAAAAGCUUCUUAGUGUCUCUUGCAGGAUAACGACAAUCUAAGGAGAAACACAAGAACAAACAGUCCUCCUAAACAGAGUGGAGCCUUGCUUCCUAACAUGAACAGUUUUUAGAGAACCAUUGUCUCUCAAGUUGCAUCUUAGCAGCACGUUCGCAGCAGUGUUUGUUUCAGGAUCUAAGUGCAAUGGAUUAUAUUGAUGGCUCAGAUGGUGAUAAUUUUCACUUUCUGACAUAAUGUGAUGGUUUUAAAAUCCACCUGCACUCUAAAUUGAUCAGCGCAUCUCUCUGUAAGACAUCCCAUUAUAAACCACACGGGGGAGGAGUAAGAGCACCCAGCAGUUUGAGAAUGCUGAGCAUGUUUUUUUUUUUUUUUUGCAAAUACGAAGGCAAGCUCGGUGUUUAUUUGACAGGGCGGGGAUGGGAGGGUACAUUUGUAUGCUGGUCCAGUUUACAUUUGGUGAGACAUAAGUUUAACAUGUCCUCAGUGAAUUCUCAAUUUUAUGCUCUGGUGUUCCAGCAGUGUGUCUCUCUUUUCUGCUGCUAAAGCUGCAGAAGCGGCUGCAGAGCUCUGCUGUCAGUUUGCUUUGAUUUAUUAGAGAAGCUUAUGUCUGAGGGUCUUUCUUUUCAGCCCUCAUCAGUGUUUCACUCCAGGUUUUCGCCGAGACACGUAAAAAGGUUUUGUUUCUAUUCGACGGCGGUAAAGUCAACAAAUCAUCAAGUAUGAUUUGAACAGAGGAUUACUCUGGUGCCUUAUGCAUUCAAACUGAAAAUCAAUUGUUAUAAAAUAUUAAUGAUUCGCCAGAUUAAAAUGCAGUGACUGCUCAGAGUAAUUUUCCUUCUUGCAUACAUUCAUUUGGGGCUUCAUAAAGGAGACAAGUGGCUUUAGCUCAACGUUGAAAAAAGGCUCAAUAUUGGAGCAUACUGCCUAACAUGGUUGUACACAGUGUGGCACAGAUGCAAGAGUCAGUAGCAGCACCACAGGGAGGUCGAGGCAGAAUGCUUUCUGCACAGGGGUCAGAAUAAAGGGUACUGUGUUAUGUAAGUGUCUCCCUGGUCCUGCUACCCGCUAUGCAUAAUGAAUGCCCCAGACAUGCUUUGUCUAUUGAAUUUGAAUACAAACUAGCAAGGGUUUCUCUUACAUGGCUGCCCAGACUGGGCCCUAAUUCAAUAUGUGUAAAAGCAUCCGUGCCAUUGUUUUGCCUGCAGCUUGGACCAAAGCCAUUAAAACAGCCAAUAAAGGAGCCUAGGUACUCAGUCCUGCAGCACCUGGUGAAAAGAACGAUUCACAGACAAAGUGAAGGUUACUGUAUUAAAGAGUGGGAUUAAAAACAGUUGCGCGGACAAAAUUUUUAGAAUUAACUGCAUGAUUCACGUCAUUUUUAGAGACAGAUAGAAAAAAAAUCAUGAGGACAUGUAUUGAGCUUCACCAGGAUCUACAUUUAUAUGAAAUUGCUCUUAAGAAUUGAUCUCACACGUGUAUUUUAAUAAAUAACCUUAAGGUGGGGCAUGAGGUUUUAAAUAAAGGAGAUACUCGGUCCCUCUGGUACGGUAAACGUACGAUUUAGUGUCACAUGACAGCAGCAACCAAAACAACACAGAGCUGUUGACCCUCAGGCCAGGAAGCUACAAAUGUCCGGAUGUUGUAACUCGACAUAUCGUGUUCGUGAAAGCAGGUAUCUUCAGAGCAGGAAGGUCACUUACACAUCUCAUUAGCCAGCUGUCUGUUGUUAUUUCCCUGGUUUCAAAUGUGACUUAGCGUCUGCCCUUCAUCUAGUGAACUGGGACAUGUCCUGAAAGUGAGAGCGGUGCAUUUGCUUGAACCAAAUAUUACCACUAGAGAUUAACAAAAUGUCAUUUAACUGAAACAAACAAACAAAAAAAAUACCCCAGACACUAAGCUUUCAGUGUCUUCAGUUGAAAAAGUGUGAACGCUGCAUGAAAGGUAAUGCUCUGGUGUCUACCGUCAUGCAUCAGCGUAUUUCAGGAGUUGCUAAGCCCUCUGUGUGAAAAGCUUUAGAUGGUUUCUAGUGCUUUCUGUCAUCUAUUAUUGAUAAGCUCCCCGUACUGUCAACUGUGUCCUUAUGUUUCUACGUCUUCACCCUGCAGUGUGUGUGGCUUCUUCAUUGAAGUCUUGCCUGCUCUUAUCAUUAAAGGCAGGCUUCCUUAAGCUUUCCUUUUUCAGGUCACACAUUUUUAUCUGCAUAAAUGAGCUCUGUAUGUAAAUGUGCAAUAUGGCUGAGUUUGUUUUUUUUUUUUUUUUUGCUCUGAACCAAACUUUUUUUUCUGCUCCUGUUUAGAGUGAGGAUGGAGGUGUGGUGGUGAGGAGUGAUGCUCGCGUCUCCUCCCUCACUCUGAAGCAUGCCAUGUACACGGACGCUGGUCAGUACCUCUGCACAGCUCGCAGUGCCAUUGGAGAGGAUGAACAGACAGCAUAUCUGGAGGUCCGCUGUAAGUAUCUCCUUCUCUUUUAGAAGAAGUGUUUCAGCCCUCAUAAUAACAACAGUAUUGUAAAAGUGACUUUCAACAGCAUCCUUUUCCCAGACACAAGAAGUCCUGAUCGCAGAGAGCUCUUAAAGUCUCUUCUAACACAAACUUGAUUUCAAAGCACAAAACUUGAAACAUUUUUUCCCACAGUUGCCCCCAAAAUCCUCGGUGUUGUGGCCACAUAUACCUGGGAGAGGAACGCUGUUAACCUCAGCUGCGAGGUCAAAGCCCACCCCAGUGAUGUUUCUAUAGUGUGGCUGAGAGACGGGCAGCAGCUCCCCAACUCCAACACCACUAACAUCAAGAUCUUCAGAACUCCAUCGUUCAGCUACCUGCAGGUAAAAACACACAAACAUGUCAAGCUUCUAUUUUAGGUCCAUAAAACAUAUGUGCACAUAAACACGUAGUGCUCCAGGUGAACGUACACAAACACAUAUAAACUCGAUGUCAUCAACAUUUCAUGAGCAUAGGCUGGGAGUGAAGGGUUUUCUUUCAGCUCCAUUGUGAGCGGAGGAAAAAAAAUUAGAUGAAUAAUUCAGCAGCAGGAAAGCUCAGAGCAACAAAUAAAAAUAGACUUCUCUAAUGGACAAACAAAAAGGUCACCUUCACAGUGUUUGACACACAAGUUUAUUCAUCUGUUGUGGUACACUGCCCUUCAUAUAUUUGCUUUUUUCCUCCUUCAGAUAACCCCCGAGUCUGAAAAUGACUACGGGAGCUAUAACUGCACCGCUUCAAAUGAGAUGGGCACAGAGUCCAGGGAGUUCCUCCUCAUUCAGGCCGGUCAGUUUGGAUUGUGUGCGGUUUGUUGCACCAGAAUUUAUUUUUAUCUCUUUUUCAUCACAAUCAGAAUUUGUAAUAUGAAGACAUCCAGAGCAGAGAUUAAAAUAUUGAUUUAUAGCGAUAACAAAGAAAUAAUCAGAUAAAUGUUACUGUAGCAGACAAAUUCAAUUGCAAGGGCUGAACAAGGCUUCAGGGUUUAGGAACACAUUUUUCAUCAAUUUUCAAAACACAUUAGACCACAAUGUGAGAUUACACAGAGCAGUGUUUGUCUUAACAUCAGAUAACUUUGUGUUCCUCCCAUCUGGUUGUUUAGAAAAAUACAGAGGCUCAGCGCAGCGUUGAAAGCAAUGUAAAACAGUGUACAUUAUUGUGCACAUCAAAGCUUUUAGUAAGUGAGGAUUAGAGAAUUAAAGACAACUUAUUAAAAUGAUGACAUUUCAUUGCAACAUAAGCUCAACACCGGCUAAUAUUCACCGUAUGCUCACCAGCACAUUACACAAAUGGGGCAGAGAGUGGAGAUAAGUGUUAAUCCCCAGUCUUCAGUAAAUGAAUUGAAAACACAAAAUUGUCCACAAAGAGACUAACAUGUGCAACUACAAUAAUCAGAUCAAGUCUUGUUGAUUAAAGAUUAGAAUGAUAUAAUAAACUGUCAGAGCUGAUAUAGCUACUGGAACAACUGAAGCCCCUUUUGGUUUAAAUUGUUAGGAUGUCUUCUUCCUGGAAUAAAGCAACAUGUGUUGUUUUGGUCAUUGAUCUGAAUUCUACCAGCCUACAAUCCCUCUAGAUACUAAAGACACUGAUCACAAAUACAGAAGUCUCUAUUUCCAUUCCAGUUUGCUUCCUCUGUAGCUUCUUUUUAAAUCUGUGGCGUAUUUGCAAUAAUAGCAAAACAAUAGGUUGUGCUUGGCUGACUGCAAAGCAUGUAGAAGCAUCUCAAAUUUUUCCUUUUCCAGCUCAAAGGCUCAUCAAAAUCAAAACAAGAGGCUCAUUAUUUCCUGUGGUUUCCUCUGUGCAAUUAUCAUUUAAAGCUGACUUGGGAUCGGAGUAUUCCUGUGUCUUUCCUGCCUUUUGGUUCCCUUUUCUGAAAGGAGGUGAAGAGUAUGCAGCGCUUGGUGCCUGAGAAACAGCCCUGAUGUCAUAAACCACAGCUGUCGUACAAAUAUGAAGCAGUUUUAGAUGCAUUUAGGAUCUAUUAGGAGGGUUUUGUGGAGUCGGUUAGGGUACAGGCACAAUGCAGUCUGACACAGCCAGGGUGCUGCAAUCUCACAGCUUUAGUUGUAAUCACACUGCAUUUCCUUCUUUUUACCAGAGUCGCCGUCUGCUCCAUCCAUCAGUUUGGUCAGGCCCUUCUCCUCUACAGCCCAGAUCCAGUUUGAGGAACCUGAAUCCACCGGGGGCGUACCUGUUCUGAGAUACAAAGUAGAGUGGAGGAUUGAGGGCAGGGGCAGCUGGUUGCAGAAGGUCUAUGAAUUUAUAGAUGGUGAGGAUGCAAACCCAAAGAAAAGAUAUAGUGAUGUUUUGGAGAAAACUGUUUUUUUGUCAUGUAAUGUGUAACUUUUUUGGUCAUUUUAGACAUGAUAAAUUUGGCUGCUUACCGUUUUCUUCCACAACAGUAUCAUGAAAUUGUCUUUGAUGUAGUUAAAAAAGAAAUAAAUUUGAUUUCUGUGCAUGUACUGUGAAUUAAAUUGCUCUGUCACAUUGCUUUAAAAUGUUAAAUAGGGAUAAGGUAAUGACAAAGUCAAGCUUGUUAAAAAUGUGGACUGGUGAGUAAAUGAAAAAGUUGAUAAUAGGAACAUUAUUUAAAAGUGAAAUAAGUCAAGAUGAAGAGGAAAAACAGUCACGUUAAUUCCAGAAUAGUUCAUAUAUGUAUAAUAUCUUGAAAAAGCUGUCUGUGAUUUUUGUUUCUGUGUAUCUCUGUGUUUAGACCUUUUUAGAUCAUCACUAAAUAGAUUUAUCUGCUGUUUAAACAUUGUAGGAAUGAAAUGAGAAUCGAGCUAAUCGUUGUUUGCUCGUGAUGGGAUUAAUUAUGCAUGUAUUGUUUGAACUCAGGGCUGUGUUUGUUUUUCCACUAAUCAAAACUAUCAAGGUGUUCUCACCGGGGUUGGCUCUGCCUCUGAUAUUAUGUUGUAACAGAGUCCCCUGGUGAGGUGACUAUCGUAGGCCUGAAGCCAGAGACCAGCUACCAAGUGAAGAUGUCAGCCAUCAACGGCAAGGGUGAAGGUGAAAGCAGCCCCACUGAGAUCUUCAAGACACAACCUGUCCGUAAGUGACACGUCACACGCUUUACAGCACACUGUUCAGCUUCUAUCACGCCUUUUUGACCCUUGUCUUCAAAACACAUUAUCUGGAGCCCUUUCUCUUGUAUGUCUGAGUUAGAGGUGUUUGCCCGUCAGUGAUCCACAGACAGAGGAGAGUUUUUCAGCCGCUAGACAGCAACUCACAAGUCACCAUGAGUCCGUCUGGACGGAGUUACUAAAGCUUCCCACAGUGUCUUGUCAGUCUAUCUGUCCUCCUCCAAGUGACGACAAGGACUGACUCAUCAACCUGCUUGUUUUGUUUGGUUCAGUUUUUUUCCAAGCAGAGAUCUGGAUCUUUUUAGUCUUGAAGUCACGCUAAUUAACUACAUUGGGAUCAAGUUGCACAGCAGUUAGAGAUAGUUAUGUUGGCCUUUUUGCUUUCCAUAAAUUUAAAUUCUUUGGCUCCUUAAACACCAGCCUUGUAUUCAACAGUGAGCUCAUUAUUUAGUUUGUAGCCCCCUCUGUUGGUUUGGAUGCGUGUUUUCGACAGACCGAGCUGCUUCUCCCAGUUGGCUUCACAUUUAACGCAUCUGCUGACUCACAAUUGAACCCGUUUUCACUUUGGGACAUGACAUACUGUCGUCUGCAUGCUGAUCAUCUGUUCAUGUCUUUUGUUCAUCAUUCUCCUCAUCUUUUCUUUUCAUCCAUUUGCUCAUUUGUGCUUAUUAUCCACCAGGCCACACUUACAACAGUAAGUGCUUCAUCUCUCUUUGUUCUGUUUAAAUUCACCUGCCAUUCAUGAAUCACAGCUUUUAACUGGGAAAUGUUAAUGCGCAUACAGGGUGUUAAUCUUUGGAGCUGUGUCAUAGAGCAGCCUGUUUAGCUGCCUGUGUGUGUGCUGCUUCUAUCUGAUUGUAACCCCUAAAGUUAACGCCUGGUUCAGUCUGCCAGAGAUGAGUCACUCAGAACUUCUCAUUGAGGUGUUAUGACAGGGAGUCAGGUAGUCACUCAUGCAGACAACUGAUACUGAUUGCCUAAAAUUUUCUCUUUUAUGUCUCUAGAUGACAUUUCUCAUUUUUUCACUGAAGACACAGGUUUGUUUCGUAGUGAGAAUAAUAGACAAUUAGUUGUAACCGCUGUAGCUCUCUCUCUCUCUGCAGGAUAACCCCAUCAUCCCUACUAAUUAGCUGCAUUUGUGAUUACUUUAAAAAGAGCAAAACGUGUAUUUUUCUAGAUACUGUGACCUUGUCUGUCCUGAUCAUCGAUGCAAACCCCUUCCUCUGUUUCCCGUAGAUUCUGUCUCAUAUUCAAUCGGCUCACCAUGAAUAUUAACACCAGUUUUGAUUUCCCGCUUGGAACUAAUUGGCUAAAUAACAGAUUUAAAAAUAAACACCAGAUCUCUGUUUCUCAAAAUCUUAUUUCCCCUUUGGCUGCAGCUAUUUGGUGUUAUUUGGGAAUGUUUACAUUUGCUCAAAGCCGAUCAGCUCUGAUUAAUUUGUUGCCCUGCAAAUAAAAAAAGUCUCUAAAGUCAGGAGGAUGAAGCUGUAAAUGUCACUUUUUUGCAUUGAGAACCCAAACAGAAGUGUGUAUAGUAAAGUAUAAAAGCUUUUUGUGGUUUCAUGUCUUUAUGUUUCGAUAUCUAUGUUUUGUUGUCUCCUCUCUUCUUUUAUGUCCAUCUUCCUCUUUCAAACGCUCACGUUUCAUUUCAUGUGACUGUUAUUUGUUCUGCAUGGUUCUGAUGAUCCUCUUCCACUCUGCAGAAGGUAACGCACUGUUUCAGAUUUAUGACAGAAGAUCUCUAACCUAAAUCAGAGAAUCCCCCGUGAAACAACACUUUAAUUGCAUCCAUGUAUUCAUGUAAUAUAUGUCAACCCAAAUCCAUUUAAUCAGUCAUGUAGACAUUUGCCUCAGCAGGAUAAAUGAGACAGAGCCUGAGUCACCCUUAUGGUGAUACAUACCAGUCAAGAGUGUUUAAUAUCAGACACCACUCGGAUAGUAUUGAUGGUCCACCACCCUAAAGGGAUGUUACCUUUCCUCCGUGUAGGAUGUGUUUCUAUAAAUCAAGCGUGUGAUAAACACAGUUUCCUCUAAUCACUGGAGAAUCAUAAUCAAUGUCUAACCCACCUUCUCACAAAAACUGCUCCUGGCAGCAGUUUGCUCUGGUUCUCCAUCAAGAGUUUUAGUAUUCAGGCCGAGAGCUCCCCUGAACAUUCUCAUCCAUAUUGUCCAUCACGUUUAACCUAGUAUGACUCCUGUGCAUUGAGGGCUAAAUCAGCAGACUUUAACCGGACCCAAAGGGGUUUUGAAAGCAGGCAAACUCGGGGGUCUGAACAUGAACAGAAAUCAUUAUUAACCUCUGUCUUCUUUACUGUCUGUACAUUUUAAAUGGCUCAAUUAAGUACUUCAAUGAAGGACAAACAAAGCACUUCAAAACCCUUCUGUUUUAAAGAGAGAGAUUAGUAAUGUUUCAUGUUGCUGGUAUGACCCAAAAAUAGAGGCCUCAGCAAGUCUUCACCUUUUAGUGUGAAGUUUUUGUUCAGACAACCCGAGAGGUGUAGCAGGCCUAAAUGAGAUCAGAAACUCACUGACAUACGGUGUUGCAAAAUCGUGAAAGUAAUUGGAAGGGUUUCAAACCUAGAUUUGACAGGACACCAGGGUACCGAGGCUGGCGCGAUAGACUUACUGUAGUUUGUAAUCAUGCAGCAGAAUUAAUUGCAGGCAGGCUACAGCUUCUUGGCUAAAACAAGGAUACAUUGUAUUACAAUAAUCAAGACACGAGGAGACAAACCGGUUGAUGUUUCAUUAGAGCUGUUGGAAAGAAGAAGUGGUGUACUUUUGGCAGUGUUUCUUAAUUAAAGAAAGGACACGGCUGAGUAAGUGACUUCAGAUGUUUCUCAAUUGGGAAUUAAAAAUGACCCCCAGGUUUCUGGAAAGCAACUUAUAAAUUAGAUUAGAUUGGAUAAUUACAUUCAGUUUAUUGUCAAUGCACCAUAAAAGUACUGAGAGAACUGAAAAACAGUGUUGCAUCUCAUCAGAUGUGCAAAAAUCAGUGUGCACAGACAGACAGCAUAAACAGCUACAACCUGCCUCACAGCAUGCAUGCCCCCUCCUUAUGUUACCUAAAAAGCUCUCAUCUGCUGAAGUCUGCAAGACUUUAUGGCCUGAAAAAUUCUCUUUGUUAACUACAUAUAGUAUAAGAACGCAUUAAUGCAGAUUUGGGGUAUUUAGAGGCCUCGUCAAAAUAUUGCAAUCCUCGCCAUAUUUUUCAAACAAUUCCUGAACAGACCUCACACUGUUGCCAGGACCCUCUGUCCUGCUUUUAGAGACCACUGCCACAUGAGGGAAUAUUAUCCUCCUGAAGGACAAUGAAUAAUGUAUGUGCUAGGUGGCAAAGUUAGAGCCACAUGAAUAUCCGUGAACAAUGUAUUCCCAAAGGGCCGUCCUGGAGAUGUACUCUGUUUAUAGACCAGGCCACAGUAUUAAAUUGUGCCAUGGUCCAUUUAUGGAGCUAACAUGCCCAUUGUGACCAUCCUGGGUGGUGGACUGGGGUCAGAAUCCAUGACUAUAAUUCUUACAGUCGUCAGCAGUGGCUUUUCUAGCUAUUUGUGCAACAGUGGCUGUUCUGUGACAUCUAGCCGGAUAAGCUAGGCUUUGCUAUUCAAAAGCAUCAGGAGGCGUUGAGGGACUAUGAUGUAGGUGUUUACCAAAAGUUAACAGUUUGAACUAAGAAACUUCUCUGUCGUUUGGCCUUUUUCACUGCUAAUUGGCUCACAAACCUUUCCCACCCCUAAUUACACUACUUACUUGACAGCAAAACUUGUGGUUAAUUGUCCCAAAUGGAGAGGAGAGUCAGGCCCAGGACUGACCCUUGAGGAACUCAACUAAAUACAGGAGCUCAGUGACACUGAGUUUGCAGUGGAUGAAGAAAAAAAUAGCCAGUAGCUGUAUAAAUUGGUUGUUCUGAAGUUCUCAUCUGAUAGGUCCUCUCCAUUUGACCUUAGUUAUAUUGUAUUUGUUAAGUUUACAGUAUUAAUUAAAGAAUGCACCUGGAGGCUGUCUUUAAUAGCAUACCAUUGUAUUAAAUUGUGAAAUGCCAGAAACCUGCGGUGACAUUCCUAUCACUGACAAAUAACCCUUUCUCCUGCAGCCUCAUAUGACACUAGGGGAAUGUCAGUUAGCAUUUUAUGCCUAUUGAAUGUCACUCAGCAACUCAGAGUGAAUCAGAUAGGCAUGUGGCCGUGUGUCACUCUGUAAUUAGUCUGACUUGAGACGAACCAUCUUGAGGCAAGCGAUUAAGGAAGGGCAAGUCACUUCAAAGGACAACAACAAAGAGGCCGGUUACUUGCUUCAGACUCAGUUUCAGAUUUUUUUCCUUUGCUCUUUCAUUUUAAAGGCACCGCUAGACUGAUACAACGUUUAAUCAAAUUAACCUCUAACUUUCUAAAACUGUGAAAUGAGACUUUGAAAUCACAGUUUCUUGCUCUUGUGUGCCUAUAGGGAAUCCCAGUCCUCCGAAACUGGAGGGUUCACUUCAACCCAAAGGAAACUCCAUCAAAAUCAGCUGGAUUAAGCAGGAUGACGGUGGUUCACCCAUAUUUCACUAUCUUGUCCGCUAUAAGCCGGUAAGUAUGACGGUUAGUGUAGAAAUAAUAUUUUGGCUUUAGGAUUUCUGUAAUAACCCAGGAAUCAUGAAAAGAUUUCUUCAACUAAAUGACAAAUCUUCAAAAUGUGAAUUUGUGCUGGUUUCUCUGUGUUUUCUGUAAGCAAACCUUUUUAUCCAACUGGAAAAUGAACGUGUCCUCACUUUACUUUGGAUUAUUUAUAUUCUGACUUUUAAUAUUAUGACAGAAACCUGGAGUUGCAGCUCCAAUUAAAUUUCUGUUUAAACUCUGUUAAGUCUGACUCUGUAAAUAUUUAUUGUGAUGGCUGUUUCUUCCAAGCCUAAAUGUUUAGGUAUGCACAACAGAAAACACAGUUUUAGUGUUUUUUGAUCAAACAAGGUAUAAAAUUAAAAGAAGCGAGCACUUUCAGACCAAAUAAGGAAGGGUGAGGGAACAUUUUGGUAGGUGGACAGAAAAUCGUCUGCUUUUUUGGCAAUUCACCAAAGAAACUUUUAUGUCAGACCACAGCAUCAAUUGGGUUUCAAGAAAACAAACCUCUUAUUAGUAUUUACUUGGUUGCAUCCCUAAAAGCCUGAACUGUACAUUUUGUGUUUGUAUCAUUAGCUUCAGGAUUCAGAGUGGAAGCCAGAAAUCAGACUGCCUGCCAGCAGUGACUACGUGGUCUUCAGCGGGCUGGAAUGGAACACCGACUACAAUGUCUAUGUGGUGGCAGAGAAUCAGAAGGGAAAGUCUCAGCCCGCAGCGAUGUCCUUCAAGACGUCUGCAGAGCCAGAAGCUAUACCAGGUAUCCUCCGUCAGACUCAAAACUAAAGCUCAAAACUAGAGCAUCACAUUCUGCUUUUAACUCUCACACUGUUAAUGACGAAUAAAAACUAAAUAAAUCUACAAAAAAUACAAGCAUUUCUUGGAUGGGGUUGAGCCAGAAAUGAUUUUCCAGCUGAUUUUUCUCCCUGGAAGAUUUGCCAGCCCAUACUAAAUGAGCUUGAGUUUGUGCUCAAGAACUGGGACACGCUCUUCUCACAGAGGAUGAAAUUAUUCCCUCAGAAUGGCUGUAUUUCUUUUACUUUACUUUAGUUUUUUUCUUUGGUUUCCUUUUGUUUGUCGAAGCCGCAGAUUGAGGGGAUAGUUUGUCCCGGUGUGGAAGCAGCCUUUAAAUUGAUCCUUGAUAACCACUGAUUAACUUGUACCUUAAGGUCCUAACUGCAACUGAAGGUUUUUACCAACCGCACAAAAACCCCACGGCGCUUGUCAGACUUCCUCAGUAGUUCUAGACACUGCUGAGCGCUUUGCUGGAACACUGCAACAAACCAUUAUGUCUUCCCUCACUCCUUUUCUAAUUCAUCCACCAAUUUAAAGCAUUUUCCACUCACCCAUCACUGAGUCACCAUCUAGCCAACGCAGUGUAGUCUCCCCUCCUUUGUGCUGGACUUUUGCUUUGAUGUGUUGCUGUGUUUUUAUCCUCCCCAAAUGCAAGAAGUCAGUUUUUUUUCCUUUUUUUCACAUUUUGUUUUCAGACCUGACUCAUUUUCACUUUCUCUUUUCCUCUGUUUUCCCCACCCUUCUCUUUUUUUCCUCUUUGUUUCCUUUCAUCCCUUCCCUCUCUUCUCUUCCUUUUGUUCUUUUUCCCUUUCUCUCUCUCUCUUUCUCUCUCCCUAUCCCCUCUCUCAAUGUUCCUGCUCUCUUGCCUGGUCCUGGACAUUGGUGUGGUGGACCACGUGAACAUUUCCGUCUCGACCUGUGUGCAUUUUCGUGUGGUCUUCAGCCACUCAGGGCUGUUCAUCUGUGACAUGCACUUUGGUAUCACUCAUCUUGUCCCUCAUCGCUGUUCUCCUGCUCUCAUAGUUUUUGUGGGAAAUUCACACCAUAACUGUCGAGGAGAGCUUGCCUUUCUCUGGCCUGGCUGUCUCUCUGGAUGCUUUCACUCCUUAAAAUCAGACUUUGUCCACGACAGACGUGUCUCUGUUUUGGGUGAGAAAAGGGUGCUAUGAAGCUCCAGAACAGACCAGACAGACGUGAUGAACUAAAGGCAUCAAGAAUCUUUGGCCUCCCACAGACUUCACUCUGCACAGCAUUAGCACUAGUCAUCAGUACUAGACAACAGAGACUGUUUACAGUAAUUAAAAAAUAGUGAAAAAUGAAAUGAGGUUGUAUUAAAAAUUAGCACUUAGAAAAGAUGAAAGGCUGAAUACUAGGCCUGUCCGUUUACAGAAACUCUGUAUUAUACUCACAAAAUCAUACAUAUACUUAAAUAUACUCUAAAGGUUGGUAACAUUAACGUUUACAUUGUUGAAAACAAACGCCUACUCGAAAAUGUUUAUAAUAACAAUAAUGAUGCCACAGUUUGACAAGUUGUAUACAGAAAUAUCACGAAGAAAAUGUUAUUUUUGUGCUGUUUACUAAGAAAAAUGUGAAGAUAUUUCUCGUGCAUGUAUUAAGUAUCAAUUAUUGAUCAAAAGUAUCUGUUUUUAUACAUUUAUAUAUAGCAGAGUGUAAUUCUCCAGAAGAGUUAUUAUAUAUAUCUAAAGAGUAAAAUUUAUCAGGAAAUAAGAUAUUUGGGUGGGUUCUGCAGUCGUCAUAUAUGAUUCAAACAGAGUGUGCACAAACAGUGAGGAGAUACAUCAAAGCUUUCUGAGAUAUUUGGAAAAAAGCUCCUGUUCUUUUUCUCCACAGCAUUUCUACAUAACCAGCAGUGCAGUAUAAGCUUUGGUUUGCUCUUCUUUCUAAUACCAAAUAAAAGGUUGAAUAUAAACAUUUUCUGUCUUUUUGAGGAAAGCGUUUCACAUUUAACCGCUUCAAAAGUCAUAUGAAUUAUUCAACGAAAGUCACACAGUACAGUUUACACAUGCACACUGCAUCUGCAUUCAUGCUGAGACAUCUAGACCUCAUUGGGGCCUUAGCAGGUGAGUUGUUUUUGUUUUAUGGAAGUAUAUGUGGUCACAGAAGCACAGUAGCAGUUAAUUCAGUUCUUUUGGAGGUGUCUGUAAAACUGAGUCACGCUACAGUUGUUCAGCACUCCCUCUCGUGUCUCUUGUCUGGCAGAUUUGGGCGAUGAAGCAGCGCUCUCAAUGGGCAUCAUGCUCUGGGCAGGGAUCCUUGUUGUAGUAUUUGUACUCCUGCUGCUCGCCGUGGAUGUCACCUGUUACUUUGUCAACAAAUGCGGCCUCAUCAUGUGCCUCUGUGGCAAAUCGGGCACAGGGACCAAAGGGCACAACUUGGAGGAGGGCAAGGCAGCCUUUAUGUGAGUACCAGUGACAGCAGCAACAUGAAUAUGCAAACACAGGCGGUUAGGCAAGAUGAAAAUGACAGAUUUGUAGCUCUGUUUCUUUUUAAAUUCAUCCUAAAUGUAUUUUGUUUUCACAAACUGACUGGUAGUUUCAUCAAAAAUGUGUUUUGCAGGAAUGUGUAAAAGUAGUAAUUGUAGGGAGAGGGAUGUGGAGCCUCUUUCUGAUAUUAACUGUUAUAUUUCAACAUCAUUUUUUCCUUUCAUAAUAGGUGUUUUUCUGAACACAUAUGCACUGAUAAAUGAUCUUUGAGAGAUAUUAUGCUAGUUUUAUCUCGCAGCACUAACUCCAUGUAGUCUUGAGAAAAAUCUAUUCAGGCAUGUAAAAUAUUUCGUGAUCUGAAAGCGUAUGACUAAAUGUUUUUAUCCACUGUAGACUCAUAAAAUUAGAGAAACACCUCGGGAUGCUCUUGGCACUGCCAUGAGUGUCUGUCUGUCUGUAUUGGUUUAUGUAGUCAGGUGUUCAUGGUUUUAUUUUAUCUUUACUUUGCUUAAACUCUGGUUACACAUGCCUCUUCUGUUAUAUUGAAGUGAAUGACCUCCUACAUUAUAGUGAAGACUUUUGAAGGACUGACAGUGAAGGUGAUCAUGAAUAGUUCGCCAUGGUUUAAUGUUUCAGCUGAUAGAGCAAGAGGAUGACUGUCGAAGAGUUUUUUCACGAAGAAAAAUAGAGAGAGCUCUGCCUCUUGAGUGGAGCCAACAUGUCUUAUGACAGCUGCAGUCAGUAUCACAGGAACAGGAAAAAUACACAUAUCAGUAAAAUGUACCCAUAAACGAAAAGAUGUGUUGGAGGGGAUUUGUCUUGGGGAAGAGAUGAAAGAUGCUGGGUUAAGUGAAGCACUGAACAAAUAGUCUGGUGUGCACAAUAAGCCAGAUUUGAAUCAAUUUGAGUAGGAGGUUGCAUCGUGUAUUGAUUCAAACCAGCUCCACUUAAAUACAGCCACAUGUUCUUCUUCACUCGAGUUAGCUGACUCAAAUAUUGAGGCUUUGAUCGAGUUGAGGAGAUAAUCCAUUCACAGCCUGUAUUGACAUAAUCACUGCCUACUGCUGUUGUGUUUUUACUGCACAGUGCAGGGGGUGUGAAACUCUUUUACGAGGCAAUCUGUUGCCUUUUUAACAAUUAACAAGAUAUUUUUAUCUCUGUGUUCAACAGCAAAGACGAGUCCAAAGAGCCGAUAGUAGAAGUCCGAACAGAGGACGAGUGCACAGCGAAUCAUAACGCAGCAGGACCAACAGAACCCAAUGAAACCACACCUCUCACAGAGCCAGAGUGAGUAUCGGCGCACAUAUGGCACACAGCCUUUUUCCCGCUCAGUUCUUUUAAGCUGUUGUACAUUGCACUCCACUUUAAAGAAUAAUUUACUUAUUCAACAGCAAUAAAAUUUGACCCUAAAGGGAAUAGUCAAGUCAUUCUUGAGUGGAGUCCACUGACGUGUUGCUUUUCUGUUUUUAUUCCCUCCGAGAGGGAUUACUGCACUUUGUUUUUCCUUCUCCAGCCCUUGGAGAUUUUCUGUCUUGUUUUCUCAAGGUUGAAGCAAUACCAGUUAAAGACACAGAAAGGCCUUUGUCCUCUUGAGUGUUAUAGUUAUCAGAGUCAUUUGACAACCUCAGGAAGCCAUUAAUCAAUGUAUAUAUCAGCAGUCUGGAAAAAAACAAUUCAUAGUAUGAGACUGUCACUGGUACUGUUUAACCCUUACAGGUGGUUCUGCGUGGUGCUGUAGUUUUUUGCAGGAAGACUGGUUCUUUUCUUAAGUACACUAGUGUUCUGAGUCGGUGUAUUCCAUGUUGGUGUGUGUAUGGGGUGUAUCCUUUAAUGUUCACUCACAGCAUGGCGCCCUAUCUUUUUCUUUUUUUUUUUUCUCACUAGGCUUAAUAGUUUCUGCUUUUGAGUUGCUUUGUCUAUGUUUGUGUUUGUUUCUAAAACCAACUAAUCCCUCUGCAUGCUCUCGUCCGGGCCACCCUUCCUCUGUCACAGUCACCCUGGUGUCUAGUCUGUGUGUCUCUGUUCUCUCCCUGCUCUCUCAGGCUGGCGGCUUUCACUGCUGCCCUGGCACUGGACACCCUCUCCUCCGUAGCCACCAACUCUGACACAGCCACCGCGACAGUUCAGGACAGCCCCUCUAGCGAGACCACUACCCUCACUUGUAGCCUGUCUACCCCUGCCAACGACCCCUCUGACCCUUCCCCCACCCCUAUCCCAGCCCCAGCCCCGACUCCAGAGUCAAACACGGCCCCGCCGACUCCCCUGCUCUCCACCUCUGCGGUCGAAGCGAAAAUGGCGCCGUUGGUAGAACAAAGAGGGAGUAACACGCAGGAAGAACAGGGGAAAAUAUCCACUCCACCUUGUACGCCAGAACGGACUAAAGCUCAAAAGUCUGGGACGCCGAUACCCCCGAAGCGUAGACAUUCUCCCAAACUUGCUGCGCUAAAUGCUAAAGCUAGCCCCCCUGUUUCUCCACUGGCUACAUCUUCCCCAUCGUUCUCUCCUGGUUUCGACACCAAGAAACCUGCUCCGGCUCCACCCAUCACACAGCUCCACACAGAGCCGCACUCUGUAGCUUUAGACACACAGACACCAGCACUGACUGCCACCACCUUCGGGAACCCUGCCCCUCUAAAACCAGAUCCUUUUUCAAAUACAGCAGCCCCUGGCGCCGGCGGGCAAAGCCUUACUAUGUUUGACGAUAAAAAUAAACUCACAGACCAAAACGUUGAUAGGAACGUGACCACUGCUGAAGAUGCUGCCGCUCCUUCAUUCAAAUACGGCGCUCUGAAAGUCCAAGAUGCUGAAAAAUCUGCUCCUUUAGUUGCAGACGUUGCCUCUCCCUUACCAGUUACUCCAAUCACAUCCAAUACUGCACCCACUGUUCUUGAGGCGCCACUUACAAAUGAUAUCUUCAUAUCGCCGUCAGACGCAUAUGACUUUCUUACCCCCGACGUCGGUACCAAGAGUGCAGAUUUAGAGUUAGAGCUGAGAAACGGGACAGAUAGAUCCUUCGAGCCCCCAGCAGACCUUAUUAGCUUAGACAGCCCGCCUUCCCUGGCCAAUGGUGAUGCGGCAGACCUCCCCUCAGGCCCAGUUCUGGAAGCAUCAGAGACUCUGGCCAAGACUGCUCCUCCUGUCAACGAUGAGUACGGCUCCCUCUAGAGGUUUAUCUGUGUGUUUGUGCGUGUGCAGAUGCGUGUGUGUGUAAUUUGUAUGCCCAUUCAUUCACCACCGCAUCUUGCCAUUGACCACACAAUAUGAAAUAUUGUAAUGGUAAACUGUGGUAAUGAUAUUGGGUCUAUUAUAAGUGAGAUGUUGUGAAUUGUUGGAGAUGAGUGACAUGAUUUUUUUUUUAUGGUUGUGUGUGCCAGCUCGCCUUUGUGGGGUCUCUACUUUUGUAACAUUCACUACAAGAACAGUAAAGCCCCUUUCAGACAUGCACUUUGUUACCUCUACGCUGGGUAAGAGACAUCUUUUCAAAAAAAAAAAAACCCCUCUGGUCAACUUUUAUCCCCCCCAGACAGACUAGACCUGCCUGGUGUCAAGUUAACUGACGUUGUUAACAACAUUAACUAGUUUACUCUUGAAGUUUGCAAGCAUCUAUAUGACCUGAGUACCACUCAGAAACUUAAUGCAGCAAAAAAAAAAAAAAAAAAAAUCAAGAAUAUAUUGUGGAAAUAAAGCUGCCAUCACUACACUGCAAAAAAGGAAUUUCAAGAAAGGAAAACAGCCUUGUAUUAAGGAAAUAAGUCUUAUUUUUUGUACAAAAGGAAUAUUGAUCUUGUCAAGCAUUUUUGGCAUUAGAAACAUUAUCUAACUUUAAGAGAAGAAGGCUAACUUUUUGUUGAUAAGAUAUUCCAGCUAAUUUUGAGAUAGAAUGAACCAGAAAUGGAGUAGAAAAGUGUUUUACAAUGAAAUCCAGCGGAGCAACAAGAUCAUUCGUCUCAUUUUAAGAGUAAGACGUGUGUACAACUUCUCAAUUUAAGAAUGCCACGAAACAAGAACAGUAGAUUUUUUUAUUAUUAAGAUUUCCAUUGUGGGUCAUCUGAACCUGACAGAAUCUGCUGCCUCAUCCAUUAUCUGACAUAUAAAGAUGUCAGUAGGCUAGUCUGUACAACACACAACAUAAUACAAAGAACAUGCUUGCUCUCCACCUGCUUGCUUGUGGAAUAAAAAAUAUAUAUUUAAGGAGAAUGUUUCGGUAUCUUGAUUUAAGACAACAGCACUUCUAUUUGCUUUGCUGUUUUAAGAAAUUAUGUCUUUGAACUACUGUCAUGAUCAUUAAUAAUCCUAGAUUAAAGUGUAUUUUCUUGAAGUUCAUUUAUUAAAGAGACUAAAAUUCUAAUUUUAAGUUACUGCAUCUUCAUUUUUUAUUGCUUGCUGUAGAAAAAAAUAUAUUAAUAAAAGAUCUUCUAUCUAGUUUUAAGUUUCAUUUGAGUCUGUCGGGGCCAGGAAAUUUUUUCUUAUUUUGAGAAUUCUUGUCAAGCAAAAAAAGCUUACCCUGUUGGCAGAUUUUUUUGCUUUAUAAAAGAUUAUUUGAUUGAAUGUAAGAAUAUUCUGCUUCUUUCUAGUUGGGCUGUUUUUGCAGUGUAGAGGUGGACGCUGCUGCCUUAUGUCCACCUCAGCCAACGCCCUCUGCACCAUCCUACUCGAGCCUUGUUGGAGGUUGGAUGUCUGCACUUUGAGUUUCCUCACACAAAAUUGGAAAACAAGUCAAGUGUCAGUCGCAUUUAAGAUUUCAAAAACUAGAAAAAGAAAAAAAUGGACUCUGAAUGCUAAGUAUAUAAGCAUUUCUAUUUAACUGCCUCGAUUUUAAGGUUAGGGUUAUUUUUCCACCGUAGAGCUCAUCAGGUUUCUGAACAGAAGCGAAACCUCCUCCCCACUUGCUUUCCUACUAAAUCAGCAGAACUGACAGUCCGCUCAUCCCUUUUUGAUCUGUGAUUGUCCAGGUCUUCAGAGGUGAGACAGCAAGCGAGGUUCGAAUUUUUUUUCUUUGAAGCCCUCUUUCAUCCGUUACGCAACGAUUUCUGCCUUUUCUGUGUGUGUUUACAGAUGUUUGCAUCAGUUAAGAAAAGUUCUAUGACUCGAUCUUUGAAGGUGGCGUCUUAUCUUAAUAUUAAUGAACUUUUUUAGGGGGGUUGACCUCCUUUGAUGACAGGUUUUUCAUCCCGCCUUUGAGUGUGACUGCUCAUAAAUGGUGCUCAUAUAUUUACCCUUUAAUUCAGCGAGGGCACAGUCUGUUUCUUUACCAGCGUUUACUGGCCCCGCUAGAAUCAGCUGAUACAAACUCGUAAAACCAACUGAAGACGGUUCUGAAGACGCUUCUCAUUGUCUCACGAAACAGAGCUGCUGCACCUGCUGGGUGAAACAAAGUAGUUUGUCAUUACUCCCUCUUAUGCACUAGGUGGCAGUAUUCACCAAGCAUUGUGGCUUUUUAUAAAUGAACAGUCAUGUUCCAUCUGAGACAUGCUGUAACAAACAUCUGUGUAUUUCAGAGUGACAAAACAACAGAUAAUAUCAGCUUUGGUGCAAAUUUCAUGUCUGAAAGGGGCUUUAUUAUAGUGACUAUUGUUUCUGUCUGGGCUGCUUAAUGGUGUCUCACCAACUCUGCAGCUCUACUAGAGGGAACAGAGGCUACACGGUGUUUGUUUUCCUGCUCUGAACUGCAGAGGAGAGGCAGGGAGCUAGGCAGGAUCUAGAUUCUGUGCUUCACUCCUCUUAGAUCAACAGUAGUAUCACAUAGCACAAGCCAAAGGGCUCAUUUACCAUGGCAUCAAAGUCUCUUUGAAGUAGAAAUAAACUGAUUAAUAGAUCAUAUUUAGUAAACACAGAUCAGACCAGGAGGGUUAGUGGAGACAGGAUGACUUAUGUGGGUAUGUUAUUAGUUGUUUUAUACAUUUGACUGUUGUUACGGUGGUGAAGAAAUAUGUGAAAAGACCUUCAGUGAACACAGGGUCUCUUUACAUAUUGGGUGAAGACGUCAUUGAGAAUAAAUGAUUUAAACUGUGUUGAACUUGAAGUGUUUGAAAUUUUUGUUCUCUUAAUGAAAAAAGACAAUCAUCCUAAAUUUGAACUCUCUCUUCUCCCCUUUGCAGGAAGAGUUUUGGAGAUGAGAAAAGCAAACUGGACGAGGCAGAUCUAACAAACGCCCUGACGGAGAUCACUGCAGAACACAACAGUGUCAUAAAGACAAAAAACACCGAAAGCAAAGCAUGAUGGGCCAGGGAAACCCGAGCCCCUAUCCAAAACAUUUUUUGCAGCAGCAAUGUGCAAGAAACACUGCAGGAGUUUUGAUUUCCAGUGCCCUUAACUACAUAUUUGAACCAACACAUACACAAACACACACACCUGUCCAUAGGUUAGAGCGCACCGUGGCUGUGCUUUUAUUUCUGGUGUCCUACAUAAGAUGUUUUCCACACCUGAGGAAAUUAUCUUUAGGUCAUAAGAGAUUUAUUUUAUUUUUUUAUUGUAAUUUUGUUUGACCAGUCAGGAUGAUUAAGAAUAAUCCCGUAUUAUUAUGAUUGCCUGGUAUAUAAACGGAGUUAGACUCUACUUUUUAUCGUGCUUACAGUUUGUAAUGCCAUCGCGCGCAGAUAUUGGAUUAUUAGGAGAAAUGUUUAAAAAAAAAACCUGACUAUAUACAGAAAUUAUUUUUCUUAUUUUCAUGUUCAACUGUUAAAAUGUAAAACUGUUGCUUUUUUAUAGUUUGGAUUCUUACUUUUGUGGGCUAGUCUCAUUAAAUAGCUUGUCCUGCAUGUCUGACCUGCAAGCAGUUGUCAAGUUUUGUUUACAAGGUGUACGGUUUCACUUCGUCUGUUACCAGGAUGUGUCAUCUCUCACAGAUGUGCUGGCAUUGAUUAAAACAGGCCCCAGUUCAGUGUUUGGAUUAUAACCAGAUUUGUUAUGGUUAUAAAAAUACAGAAUCAACCCACACCCACCUGCAGGGGAAAAUGAGCUGACGCACACGACAACAAGUGUGCACCAUCCGAUCAGAUUUGGCCCGUUUAUUUAGAAAGUGUUUUCAGUCUGUCCCUGGCUUGCCAACGGUGUUAGUUAAAUAUAUUAAUUGAAAAAAAGAAUCCAUUCAAUAUGAAAGUUUGGAGAAAGAGGAGCAGAAUCUUAGCCAAGGAGCUCCAAAUUGAGCUAACGUCAUACAAUCUUGCGCUAAAUAUAUGCCAUGUAUUUGUCCGGGGCGCGACAACUACGAUAGCUAUUGUUUCUCCUUCACAUUAAAGCGGAUCAAAGGUCUUGCUUCGUGCUUUGAGUUUUACAUCUGAAGCAAAAAAAACAAAUAAAUAACAAAGCAUUUUUGUACUAUUUAAAAACUACAAAGAUUUCUUUUCCAUUUCCUGCCUGCAAGCUUGUGCACUGUGCCUGUGUGUCAAUAGAUUGUCUUGUCAUCAGUUUCUAUGAUAAUCUGCAUAGCUUUGUCGUGAGAGAUUUAGCCUCUUCUUUUUGAUUUGAUAUAUUGUAUUACUAGAAGAAAAGUAUGAUAAAUGGACUAAUGUGGUCAUAUAACACGUGUAGUGUGUAAAACUGUCCGUCUCUGGUCACAGCACUAUAUAUUGCCAGCUAUAUUGAAGGAAGGUGUUUUGAACCUUGGCAUGAAUUCAUAAUGUAUAACUCCAGGCAGAUUGAGCUGCCCAUGUUUGUAUGAGGUAAAAAAAACUCUCAUGGAUUUAAUGAGUGUAACAUUUGGGGCUUGUUCUGGCAUAUCUACAUAUCUGAUUUUCUUUUCUCCCCCCUGAAAUUGUAAUCUGAGUGUUCUGUAAUGUGGAUUUUGAUUUAUUUUCUUUCUUACUUUCUUUUAUUUUUGGUACUUUUUGUCUUUUUGUACAAAAACCACUCACCAAGAGCGACGACUCGACAAGCUGGCAGGAAGCAGGGUGGUCAACUUGAGACAGAUGAUCAAACUACUUUUAAAAAGCUUUAGAUUACAGACAUUUUAUCAGAGGAUCUUGAAACAGAUGUAAGGUAUAUGAAGGCAGAUGAAAAAAAUAAGCUUUACUCACCAUGUACUCCACUGCUGUUACCAGACCACCUUGCUCCCUCUGUCUCUGAAUGCUCCUUUUGGUUUUAUUGGGUCAAACUCAGAAAAUAUCUGUUGUGUACAGUCUGAGUGCUAACCCGUUUACAAAAUAAUAAAAAAGGUUUCUCAAACUAA